ACUUGGAGACGGGAUCUGGGGCUCGGCUCUCUCCCGUCCAUGGCUGCUGCUGGAGUCACAGGAAUGAACAAAACGGAAAGGAGGUGGCAGAGAGGCACAAGGAAAUGCAUGCAUGAUAAGAGGAGGGACUGCUGUAGGUGGAGACACUGGAAUGGAGUAAAGCAAAGACACGAAUGCAUCCGGCAGUAGUGGCUCUGCUUGGCUUGGUUGGACCUGAUUCCUGCCGUAGAGUUAACCUAGCAGAACUACAGGAAAAGUCUUGACGGUAGCAAGUCUUCAAAAAGAUGGGAUCCAGCUCAUCUACAUACCGGCCCAAGUAUGUGUAUUUGGAUAUCGGUGGAAGAAUUCAGAAGGUACUUUUCACUCAUUGUUUCUUUGUCGCUAGGAUCACAUUUGCAUUAAACUGGAAUCACUGCUCAGCUGCUGCUGCUGCUGCUGCUGCUGCUGCUUUCCUUUUCUAUGCUGUGAGCUUUGAUUGCAUCCUCAUUCAGCUGAAAAUCUGUCACCUCUCUUUUGUGAAGCAGCCUUGAAAUAUGAAUGAGUCCAUUUCUUCACAAUCUUUCAUUUUGCAAAUGACAAUGGUAAAUGGCAGGAGAACUCUGAGAGCAGCCUUCCGGUUUCAGGAUAGCAGAGAUUUGAGGUGCCUGUGUGUAUUCUCACUUGUUCGUAGUUUCUGUGUGCUCUACUAGAGAUGUGAAUGCAAAGUUACAGAGGAGUUUGGAAAUCCAGCGCCAGUUCUUGUGCCAGCAGUUCACAAUGUAAAUACACAGAUCCAAGCAUUUGAGUGAUUUAAGUAGUUUAGAGCAGAGGAAAGUGUAUUAAAAUUAUACUGACUUCCUUUCCGAAAAUAAGGUCUGCUUUUCAUGUCCUUUAAUACUCUCAAGGUGACUUGUAUGCAUAUUCAUGCACGCGCUUGUGUGUGCGCACGCACACGCACAACAAUAAACUUACAUCAUAACUUCAAAUAUUGAUUUAGUUGUGGUGGCAUUAGCAAUGUAUCAAAGUUAACAAGAGAGCUGAAUCUGCAAGCUAACUGGGGCAAAAUUACAGUCCAUGGUUUGCCUUACCUGAGAUGCCAAAGGGACCCCAAAUUCUUUACACGAAGCAAUGAUUUGAAAAAGCCAAAGUGCCUUAUUUUUUUAGCUGUAUACUCCAAGUCAUUACGGAAAGAGGGAAUUGCAGAUGGAUUGUUCGCCUCUUUCCUCUGAAUAUCUAAUAAGCCAUGAGGACUAAUUUUAGGAUAAGCAUCUUCUCUCCUAUUCUGCCUUAAUAUAGUCUACAGCAGGAGUCAGCAAACUUUUUCAGCAGGGAGCCGGUCCACUGUCCCUCAGACCAUGUGGUGGGCUGGACUAUAUUGGGGGGGGUGAACGAAUUCCUAUGCCCCACAAAUAACCCAGAGAUGCAUUUUAAAUCAAAGGGCAUGUUCUACUCAUGUAAAAACACUCUGAUUCCCGGACUGUCCGCGGGCCAGAUUUAGAAGGCGAUUGGGCCAGAUCCAGCCCCUGGGCCUUAGUUUGCCUAACCAUGGUCUACAGCUAUGCCACUGGGGGCGGGUGUGCUUUCCAGAGAUAGCUUUGUUCAUCAGACUAGCCCUUUUCUAUAGUUUUAUAGAACCCUUGCCAUGUAAUUGAAAGGGUUGGGGGCAGCUUUGCUCUCAGGAGAAAGCCUUGCUGCUGGGUCUAGAGUAGGGGGAAUAGCAAGGGUGCUAGUGGCAAGGGAUCAUGGAAAAAUAACAAAAAGUGAAUAAUAAUAAUAAUAAUAAUAAUAAUUUAAUAAUAAUAAUAAUUUAUUAUUUGUACCCUGUCCAUCUGGCUGGGUUUCCCCAGCCACUCUGGGUUGCUUCCAACAAAGAUUAAAAAUACAUUAAAAUGUCACACAUUAAAAACUUCCCUGAACAGGGCUGCCUUCAGAUAUCUUCUAAAUGUCAGGUACAGUAGUUGUUUAUCUCUUUGACAUCUGGUGGGAGGGCGUUCCACAGGGCGGGUGCCACUACCGAGAAGGCCCUCUGCCUGCUUCCCUGUAACUUUGCUUCUCGCAAUGAGGGAACCGCCAGAAGGCCCUCGGCGCUGGACCUCAGCAUCCGAGCAGAACAAUGAGGGUGGAGACGCUCCUUCAGGUAUACUAAUAAUUGCAGAGAAUAGGUGAAGAAUGACUUUUAGCAACCCUGGCAGUGAUGCAGUGCAUAUUCAUACUUCUCAAGCAGUUUAUACCAAAUAAGGUGUUAUGAUGUCACAGGUUCCAAGCACAGGACACUCGCACAACCAUGGUGAUCUACAUUCUUAAAAGGUGUUGGAGACUUCAGCUGAAGCAAAAUACACCUAGAGUUUUAGCAGGGCCCAUCCUACAGAACAUGAGACUCUGAUUUUCACGGGCUUCCAGUCCAUUUCCAAGGACAAUAAGUGCUGGAAAUUACCUUGAAAGCUAUAAGUGGCUGUGGUACCUAAGAAAGCACCUCUCCCAUAUGAUUCUGCCUACUCACUGUGGUCAUCAGAAGAAGUCCCCCUCUCCUCAACCCAUCACCAUCAUAGUUUCAGUUGGUGGAGAUGUAGGGACAGACUUUUUCCAGGAAGACCAGUUGGCCUGUUCUUUGUUGACAUGCUAGCAUAUCAUCAACAGCAUUUUUGUUUUUACUUUUGGUUUGGUUUAAUCACAACCACUACUCCUGCGGUGCUAUAGUGUUGUGUGAUUGCUGCUUUGCAGUUUGUGGGUGUUUUUAAAUGAUGUUUUCCUUUAUUCUUCUGGUGUCUUGUGAGUCACUUUGGGGGCCCUUUGGCCCAAAGAGAGGGCAGAAGUAUUUUGAUUAAUAAACACAAACCCUAUUAAUUACAAUAUCUGCAGUAAGCAGGGAGAUUUCAUUUUCCCCAAACAACUCUGCAAGAUGGUUUUGACUGAAGGGGAAAUGCAAUUUCUCACUGUUAGGGGAUAUCGUCUGGAUUCUCCACAAAUAACACAUUUCUCAGAUGAAGGGAAGAAACAAUCUGGAAGGAUCCUAAGGGUGUUUGACAGCAUUACUAUAUCCCACCAGUAUCAACUUUCUCUUUCCUGCUUCAGUUUCACCAACGGUCAUUAUAAUGGGUUGUCUCAGCUGUUUGUGUCUUGGCUUGUCUGCUUGAGGCCUACCGAAUCCAAAUGAAGUCCGCUGAGGGUAGGCUGGAACUGCAAAGAUAAGCAGACAGCAGCAGGUAGCAGAAACCAACAACUGGGUGGUAGCAGGAAAUCUGGUGAAGGACAGCUAAGAGGAGUAUCUAGGUUAUCAGGAUAAAGAAUUUGCUGAACCGUGGACCAAAGUAGACAACUUACUCCAGCAAGUGCCAGAGUUGAACUGAUUUCCUGUAUGUUGAUACAGACCAUGGUAUCUGAAUUAAGCUCCAGCCCUCCUUGGUAAGGAAGGAGUCCUUAAACAGUCUACGCCCUGGUCAAAAGGAGCAAAAACUUAUUUGGUGCUCUGUGGUUUGUUGAGAUCCCUCUGGCAUCUCAGAAAAGAACUGUGAGGUCCUGGGCAUUUGGUGAGGUAGAUCAGAUGGCAGGUGCCUGCUUGUAUGGUCAGGGCUGCUGGCUCCUUGUUCCCUUUCCAACAGUGCUUCUUCCUGUUUCGCUAGGCUGCAGAGGCGACAUGGUAUCUGUAUCCACUAGGGACUGGAGAUGCUUUGACGCCUUUCUCUGAAUUAGUACCUGUUUCUGGCAGAUUCUGAUCAUACACAGAGAGAUGCAGCAAUUUUGCAUGCUCAUUUAAACCUUCCAAAGCAGGAUGAGAAGAUGCAAAAUUGUAGGUUCUGCUCAUGAGAAACAAUUCAGAUGGCUCAUUUGCCUCAAGCAUCUUUGGAUCUAGAAACGAACUUAACCAGCCAAUUAUUAGCAUGCUGGUCAUGUGAUUUGGCCCUAGUUGCCCUCAUCAAUACAUUUUAAACAUCCCACAAACACGAUACAGUGGUACCUCAGGUUAUAUAUGCUUCAGGUUACAUACACUUCAGGUUACAGACUCCGCUAACCCAGAAAUAGUCCGGAACGAAUUAAGUAUUUAACCCAAGGUACCACUGUAGUAGUGGGACGCGGGUGGCGCUGUGGGUAAAACCUCAGCGCCUACGACUUGCCGAUUGCAUGGUCGGCGGUUCGAAUCCCCGCGGCGGGGUGCGCUCCCAUCGUUCGCUCCCAGCACCUGCCAACCUAGCAGUUCGAAAGCACCCCCGGGGGCAAGUAGAUAAAUAGGGACCGCUUACCAGCGGGAAGGUAAACGGCGUUCCGUGUGCUGCGCUGGCUCGCCAGAUGCAGCUUGUCACGCUGGCCACGUGACCCGGAAGUGUCUGCGGACAGAGCUGGCUCCCGGCCUAUAGAGUGAGAUGAGUACACAACCCUAGAGUCUGGCAAGACUGGCCCAUACGGGCAGGGGUACCUUUACCUUUACCUUUACCACUGUAGUGGGACCAUGAUAGUGUCCCCUAAGUGCAAUUUUUUUUAAAAAAAUUAAAAAUCUGGAAUGGUUAGCUUAAUUUUAUGGCUAUGGCUUGCAAGCCAUAGCCAGGUCUAUGUGAGGGCAGAAGUACUGCUUUGAACCAACUUGCCCUUGCCCUUGGAUCAUCCUUCAUUCUAAGCAUGUAUAAUAUAUGUUGAUGCAUAGUCACAGUCAUAUUAGUUUUGACUAAUAUGUACAAGGCUUCCAAAAAGCAAAAUGUCAAUCCCUCUCUAAUGUUUGGUCUUUGUAUCUAUAGUGAUUUCUCUGUGACUAUCAGCUCCUUAUCAUGAGCAGAGAGAGGUAUCUGAAUUCAAUUAAAAAGAAUGACCCUGGAGCAUUAAAACAACUUAUUGCCGGCUUAUUGCAAAAUCUUGAUUCUAUGCCUCCUACCAGGUACAAAAUGUCAUAUACUUUGAAAACCCUUCAUGAAACACUUUCUAAAUUGUCUCCCCACCCCACAAAAGAAAAUAAUAAUAAUUUGGAGUGAAAACACACACAAGCAUCUGGCUUUAUCCCAAGAUUACUCUCUGAAGAGCACUUAUAUUAUUGAAGGACUUGGAAGAUAGACAGCUGCCUGAAAUUCUAAUACAAGAACUUGCUGUCUAGAUGUUAUCCGUUUCAUUUAUCAGUGGUGAAAUUCUAUCUGUAUGAUGCUGGGGGGGGGGGGGGAGGCAGAAUCUGGGAAGUCAGGAGAGGCAGAUUCUAUCUCAUUUAGUCAGGGUUCAGUUAGAGGUAAUGCUGGAGAUUAUUUUUCUCCCUGCAUAAAGAUAUAAUUAAAAUAACUUGAACUUUCAUCUCCCAAAGAAUGUGGUUGCUGGUGGGAGCUCAUUAAAUGAAUUCUAAGCUAUCCUUCGACUUGACCCCACAGGGAGGCAAAGUCCUCCUUGUGCCAUUGUCCCAUAUAUUUGAAAGGAUUUCACUGCAAACUGCAAAUCACAGCACUUCAUACAUUACAAAAGACAUGGGCAUCGGAGCAUGUGAGAGGGCUACAGAUGAGUAAUACCAUAUAUAAAACCCCUAUGAAUGCAUGGAUCCAAUUAGAGGAAACAAAAUAAAAUAAAAUAAAAUAAAAUAUUCCUUCCAGUAGCACCUUAGAGACCAACUAAGUUAGUUAUUGGUAUGAGCUUUCGUGUGCAUGCACACUUCUUCAGAUACACUGAAACAGAAGUCACCAGACCCUUAUAAUAUAGUGAGAGGGUGGGGAGGGGUAUUACUCAGAAGGGUGGUGGGAAUGGGUAAUUGGCUGAUAUGUGUGGUAGACUGUUAACAACUGCAAUUAGUCUUACUGGAAAAAGCAAGGGGUGAGAUGGCUAAAAAAUAGCUUUAUCAUGUAUAAUGAGAUAAGAAUCCAAUGUCUCUAUUCAGACCAGGUCUCUCCGUGGUUUUAAGUUUGGUAAUAAGUUGCAAUUCAGCAACUUCUCUUUCCAGUCUAUUUCUGAAAUUCUUUUGUAAUAAGACAGCUACUAUGAGAUCUUGUAUAGAAUGUCCUGAGAGAUUGAAGUGUUCUCCUACUGGUUUCUUUGUCUUGUGAUUCCUGAUAUCAGAUUUAUGUCCAUUUAUCCUUUGGCGUAGGGUUUGGCCUGUUUGUCCAAUAUAGAGAGCUGAAGGGCACUGUUGGCAUUACUCACGGACCAAUUAAAAUGGUGUUGUUAAAUUACGUACGAUAUUUACAAAGGGAAUGUGACAUUCUAAUAGGAGUAGGAGUGUUCCCCUUUUCCAUCAGAAGGCCCUGCUUAUUGGCCCCACUGCUAGUCUUCAUUUAAAAAACAAUAAAUGGGUGUGUUGGGAACUCUGGAUAGGUAUUUAAGAAGUAGAUUUUUGGGAACCAACAGUGGAAGAUGAGAAUGUAACUGGGUGUAUUGACUGACUCUUCAGUGAUCCAUCUUUGAGAGUUGACCAGACAAAUUGCAUCUACCUCCUAUCAAUGUGGGGUGCAAAGCGUGAGAAAAAUAUUCCCCCUCUGCCCCAAAAUAGGGGAGUAUGGGUUAGAUGGCAGAGAAGAAAGCCUGCAUGAUAAGAUGUUAAAAAAGAAAAAAAGCAGGUCAACAUAGUAACCUCUAGAAGCAAAUAAGCAGAGGAGUUGCCUUCCUUCUGCCAUUAGAAGGGCAAAAUAGGUACAUUACAAAUACUAGUAAGUAGGCAAGACUGGUGGGAAGGCAGGGGAAUAGUGGGCUAAAUAGUCCUCAAUAGCCACUUGUCAAAACAGAAUGUAAAUACCAGGAGUGGAAUUAGAAAUGCAGACAUGCAUUCAUUAAGUGAUUAUCCAAAGAGGGAGAGCAAAAGGGUCUAUGGUACCAUUCUGCAGGCGCCUUUUGUUUUAACCUUUAAGAGCCUGCUGAAAACUAUUCUUAUGCUUAUGCCGUCAAUUAAGAAAACAUAUUUCUGAAUGUUAGUUGGUGGCCUCUGUUUUUAAAUUUUGAUGUGUUUUUUUUUUAAUUGUAUAUGCCUAUUCUUCUUAUAAGCCACUUUGGUAUUUUUUAUGAUAUAAAGGUAAAGGUACCCCUGACAGUUAAGUCCAGUCACGAAUGACUCUGGGGUUGCGGCGCUCUUCUCGCUUUAAAGGCCGAGGGAGCCAGCCUUUGUCUGCUUCCGCAAACAGUUUUUCCGGGUCAUGUGGCCAGCAUGACUAAGCCACUUCUGGUGAACCAGAGCAGCGCACAGAAACGCCGUUUACCUUUCCUCUGGAGCGGUACCUAUUUAUCUACUUGCACUCUGACGUGCUUUCGAACUGCUAGGUUGGCAGGAACAGGGACCGAACAACGAGAGCUCACCCCGUCGCAGGGAUUCGAACCACUGACCUUCCAAUAGGCAAGCCCAAGCGGCACAGUGGUUUAACCCACAGCACCACCCGCGUCCCUUUUUUUAUGAUACAACAGUAUAUAAAUACUUUCAUAAAUUUAUUUAUUUCAUAAAUACCACUUGACUAUAAACUGAGUUUAACUAGGCUCUAAAAGGCUAGCAGCAUUCUUUCAAGGCAGGGCUGGCCUGCCAAUGAGGCAAGGUGAGGUGACUGCCUCAGGUGGCAGAAUCCCCAGGGGCUGCAGAUCCAGCCUCCAAGGAAAGUAUUGCCUGCUGCCACCAUGCGUUCCUAGGAGGCCAGAUAUGCUGCCUCUUCAGCAGCCUCCCCCUGUCCCUCCUCCACAGCAUCCUCUCAGCAAAUAGGAGGUGCCAUUAGUCUCCUCCCAUCCCUAGGGAGGAGAUGGUGAGGGCUGGCCUCCGGGGUUCUGCACCCACCUAUCGUGAUUAAAAGAAGUCCCCUUUCCCCUUGCUACGGUCUUUGAUUCCCAGUUCAGCCAUCAAGUAAGGUUGAUUUGAUCCGCAGUGUUGAUCUUCACUCUGUCUCUGUUUCUGAUGUAGAUCUUCCCUCUGUUUCUGAUGCAGAUUCUUCCAUGGUGGGCGGCGGCGUGUGUGUGUCAUUUUGUGGUUUGCCUCCGGUGCAUUGAGCCAGCCCUGCUUCAAAGGCAUAUUUUUGUUGUGAUUAAAACUGAAUUAAACAAUGUGACGCUUUAGGUAUUUGAUGUUUUUAAGGAAUAACAAGUGAUAGCAGCAUGGCUAUUUCAAAAGGCUAUGGUAAAUAUUGAAUGCAGCUGGAGGUAGCUGGGGGAGAUGCGCAAAGGACAAAAUGUUAGUUCAAAAUAAUUAUUUUUCAACACAGUUUUGGGCCAACAUAUCUACGCUGUAGCAUGUUGGCUAGUGGUAGAAUUGCUGAAGUAGUUCAGGCCAACACUUGAUGGAGCUCAACAUCACAACUACAAGUAGCUGCAGAUGCCUCAAAAAUGUUUGGAAGCUGGAUGUGAUGAUAAUGAUGCUCAUUUCAUCUUGUCAAGCACCAUUAGAGGCAUACUGUUCAAUAGUUUCCAGUUGCGAUAUCUUGAAUUAGAUAAACCCCCUUCUAGAAAAGAUAGAAAAACAGAAAAUAUAUUAUCAAUAUAGAAGUGGUUCCUAUUUCUAAAAAUUAAAAAUGGGCAGAGACAGAAGCUACAGGUCCAAAUCCUGACUUAGGCUCAGUAGAAGUUCAGAAUUAGACUUCUGAUCAGAAUUAUGUAUUAUCUCAGUCAAAAUCAGCACAAGUUUUCAUUAACUGUUUUGGAGAGUUUGAAAUGGAAAUAACAGUUGUUCCAUCUGCAAAACAGGUUUUGUGUUUGGUGACAUUUAAUUAGAGUUUUAUGACUAGAGUGAUCCCAAACAAUCAGGGACCACAUAAGGAAUGUAACGACACAAUUUAGGGCAUAUGUAGCUCAGUGAAAAUAGAGGCAAUGUUUCCAAGGCUGAGCACAUGAAUAAUCUUAACCAGUAAAAACUGAAAUGUAUUGUCUCUCCAAACCAGUAAAAUGCUCUUAAGUUGCCUGGAGAUGUGCAGCACGUUCCCUUCCCAUUUCCAGCCUAUUUGCGAGCUUAAAGAGGCAAUGAGUGUAUAAAUGAUAAUUUAAAAAAUCCUUAUGUGAGUAAUUGGCAGAUUGCAAAAAUGCCAUGGGAAAGGGGAAUGCAAAAGGGGAAUGUAGACAGCAUUUCUUCAAGAACACACACAGACUGCAGAUACAAGUGCCCCCACACGUCUGCAGCUGUAAGAUGCAGAGAUGUAAGAGUUUCUUACUUGCAUGUGAACACAGAAUGCAAAAGGACAUGCCAGUCUCUCUUCUGUUUGCAUGACAAAGCUGUUCUGUGUAUCCUGUUUCUAAGUAGGAAACAUGAGGAAGCUGUGGAGUGGGAUGGAUUUCUGAGAUUCCCUUCUGAAAGGAUCAAGGAACAACUUUUUAACUACAUUGGGGCCUAUACAUAUAAAGUGGGUCUACACUGAACAGGGAGAAGGACCUUGUCACCUGCCCAGCUCCCAGUGUUGCCCAUCUGGAUUAGUCCUGCCCCAACACACUGAGUUGUAGACAUCUGACAAGGAUGACUGUUCUAAUGGGUCCUGGUUGUAUGGAGCACUUAUGCUUGUAGGGGCAGCUCAUUAGAUGCCCACACUUAAUUGUAGACAAUAGGGGAUUGGGGAGAGCCCAGCUGCAUGACACAGGAGGUGGGGCCAGUUGUGUGCCCCUCCCAAUGGUCACUUGAUAACUUCAUGUGCUUAGGGCGCCAUAUUAUGAAAAAUUACCCAGGUCCACCUCUGAUUAUGGUUCACAUUUCCUAGACCAGUCUGCAGUGUAGAUGCUCAUUUUGAAAAGCAGUUGCAAGGCUUUAUUUUUCUUUGGGGUCAGCUACGGGUGGCGCUGUGGGUUAAACCACAGAGUCUAGAACUUGCUGAUCGGAAGGUCGGCAGUUCGAAUCCCCGCGACGGGGUGAGCUCCCGUUGCUCAGUCCCUGCUCCUGCCAACCUAGCAGUUCAAAAGCACGUCAAAGUGCAAGUGGAUAAAGAGGUACCGCUCCGGCGGAAAGGUAAACGGUGUUUCCGUGCACUGCUCUGGUUUGCCAGAAGUGGCUUAGUCAUGCUGGCCACAUGACCUGGAAGCUGUACGCCAGCUCCCUCGGCCAAUAAAGUGAGAUAAGCUCCGCAACCCCAGAGUCGGUCACGACUGGACCUAAUGGUCAGGGGUCCCUUUACCUUUACCUAUGUACUGAAAGUAGCACAGCAACCUUUUCCAGGUGGGUGCUUCCUUUUUGGGAAUAUAACAGCCCCUUUACAGCAGAUUGCUAUUAUUUAAAAGAAGAAAAAAAAUCUGCAGUUCAUAUCCUGAGAUGCUUAUCAAAUUGCUUUAUGAAUCAUGCUGCUUACCUGGGCCGUUUGCAAAACCCCAGGGUAAGAGAAGGCAAAUGAACUUUCAUUAAACUGCACUGUAGCAUCACAUAUAUUUAUUACAUGCCUUGAUUUGGCUUAGCUCUCGCCUCUGAAUGCUUGGGGAAAGAAAAACAGAUGCUAAGUUUAUUAUGUCCUCCAGUUUUGGUCUUAAUUAACCAGGAUAACUAUCUGACUUUCAUUUGUUCCCAAUUAUAUUACCAUAUCCCACUUAUAUUGCAUUAAUUCUGUUCAAUGGUAAUUGAUUUCAAGGCUCAGUGGCCCAGCACAUUUCAGAAGUUCAUUCUAAGUUCAACAGCAAUAACAUCAGAUCCCAAUUUAUUGCAUCCAUCAGCCAUUAGCAGAUUGGUAACAUUCGGUCUGUCUAUUCAUUUGCUCUGUCAGUCCCUCAGACCACUGUCUGCUGGAAUGUUUCUUUCUGCUAUGAUUGCAGGAAGAUUUGUAUUUGAAUUAUUUAAAGAAAAAUAAAACAUUUCUUUAUUUCUAUGACUGUAACUAGAUAGGAAUAUCAAAAACCUGCCUCUGUAACAACCAGAACAGCCCUUUUGUUCAAAAUGGGGUUUUGCUUUUUAAAAACCACCUUCUGUUGAGAAAGAUGCGCCCCUGAGAGAUGGGCUGUCCUGAAUAAAUUGAUUUUUAAAAAUGAAGCCCAUGUGAGCUUUUAUUUAUUUAUUUAUUUAUUUUUACAUCAGAAAUGUUUUAAUGGGAAUGAAAGGAAUGUGUUCAGGCAGGCACAAGAUGUCACUGCUAUUGUUCUCAUUUAGCUUCUUAACAAGUUUAUCCAGUGUUUCUCCUCUGAGGGGGAAGGGUGAGAGGAGGUGUUGAAGGAAAUUGGAACAUGAGAUAAAAGUUUAAUAUUAAAUUAUAAUAUGAUAUUGAUGAUAAUUAAACUUGGAAUAGAAAGGGGGUUAAGAGGCGAAAGCUAUUGCAGGAAGGAGAAAGAAAAGAAUGUAAAAGGACCUGGGAGGAGGAAUGGUUUGUUUUGGGGGAAGGGGGAAUAAGUUACAAGUUGAGGGUGAAAGAAGAAUGGGAGAAGAAAUUACAGAGAAUGGUAAGACAUUUUGAGAGGCAUGAGGAGACAGGAAGGGAAAUGUUUUUGUAUUUUUAAGCCUUCUCUGCUUAGUACCUCUGGAUAGCAAAUUCUGCCUAAAAUGGGGACUGGACUGUCACAAAAGCUCCAGAGCAAAUGUCUGUAGAUAGCUUCAGAAAAACCGAUUUUUAAUUAUAAUGUUCUCUCCUGAACUUGUCAGUGACUCACCUUCCUCACCACCCACCCGCUCCACACACUUUUGAGGCCCAAUCCAGUACAGAAGUAUUAUAAUGUUAAACCCAGGGCUUUUUUUCAGGGGGAACGUACCAGAAUUCAGUUCCGGCACAUCUCAGAUGAGUUCUGGUGCCUGUCAGGUAGAUGCCAUUGCCAUUAUAAGACAAACAGGGACGUGUUCAUGGUGAGUUCUGGCACUUUUUUUCUAGAAAAAUAGCACUGCUUAACCCCCUUCAAGACUAUAGGUACUUCCCUUUUCAUAGCAGCUAUAGCAGCACUGCUGUUUCUUGGCAGCACAUAAAACCCUCAACUUUUUUUACCUCAGAAGCUUAACUAGUUUUAUAUUGGCGAUCUUCUCCACUAAGCCUCUGACUCCCAGUUCCCGAGAAUCACACGAGGGGAGAUCUCUGUUCCACUCAGGUCUUGCUUGUCGGCUUCUCCUAGGCAUCUGGUUGGCUACCAUGAGAACAAUAUGUUGGAAUAGAAGGGUCAUUGGACUGAUCCGUCCGUCUCCUUCUCUCAGGCUAAACACUUCUGCCUCAGGAUUGACUGAUCCUUCACAUUCUUUCAUGCAAUUUCGCUCUUCAGCAUGGCUUCACUUUACACAUAGGCUUCAAAUCUUCUGGGAACAAAAGGACUGAGUUAGUGGCCUGAUAUCUCUGGUGGUGCUAAUCUAUAUCACAAAAACACUGCCAUGUCUGUCACUGGUGCUUAUUUGUGAGCUUAUAUAAAAUAAAAUGAUUUUGUUUAUUUAUUGCAUAGAUAAAACCAACUUGCAAAAAUUACAGAUUGCUUCUGUGUCCUCUAGCAGUUUACUGUGUCCAACUUGUGAAUCUGUGUGUGCACAUGCAAAUUAUGCAAUUCAAGUUGGUGGCGUUCAGAUGCACCAACUUAAUGACAAUUUCAUCAACUUUACUCUCCUAUUAAUGUUAUUUCUAAAGUUUGGCUUUGAUUAUCAAACUGCCCUAUAUUUACUUCUUCUCUUCUCAGACAUAACCAUAUAAAAGAACUUAAAAGGCUUGCAAGAGUAAAGAAUAGGAACCAUAUUAUAUUCAGUCUUAUGAAAAAUCAAAUAAGUGAAAAAUGUUAGGUAAAUUAAUGCUUUAUCUACAGGGUAUAGUAUAAGACUGCCUUUAGAAGUUCUCUUUCUUCAUUUUCUCUUAAUUGCUUCUAUUUCCUUUGGAAGGUGGCCUUCAGUAAAUACUGUAACUCAAGAGAUAUCAUGGAACUCUUCUGUAUUGCAACUGGUUUACCAAGGUAAAUAUUUUUCCAAUGCAAUUCUAUUUUUUAUGAAUGCUACUUGUGUUACUUUUCCAAAGGGCUUAGAGUGACCCCAACUGAGUAUGAGUAUUCUGAGGACUACUAUGAGUGUGAAUUGGUUGGCUGUCAUGCUAGCUAUGGCCUUUUCAUAAUAAUGAAGAAAAUAGGAAUCUCACAAUGAAAUUACAUCAUGGAAAAUAUAAUGUAAAUAUAUUUGCUUUGUUUGUUUCAUUUGAAAACACUGUAUUCUCCUUUUGGUCUAAAAAAAUAGUUCCCACAAGCAAAAAACAUCUAAGUAACAACUACAAAUAGCACAAGAUAAAAACUAAUUGAGUAGAACAACAUACCUGCAUAAAACUCCAAGGAGACCAAACUCCUGAUAGAGCUCUGAGCAAAUGUCCAUUGGGAUAAUAGCAUGAUGUCAGAAAGCAGGAAGAGAAGCUCAUCUAAAUGCUGAAAAUAUGAUAAAGAGAUCAAAUUUGUCAUUAAAUUUAAGUGUCUUGCUAUUGUCUACAAGCACAUACAUGAAAGAUAAAACAGAAUAAAACAAUCAAGUAUAUAAUAUACAGCUCCAAUACAUUCAUUUAUUUAUAUUUAUAUAAAAACAUUUUUAUACCAUUCUCUUAAAGGUAAAGUUAAGUCCAGUCGCGAAUGACUCUGGGGGUUGCGGCACUCAUCUCGCUUUACUGGCUGAGGGAGCCGACGUUUGUCCACAGACAGUUUUUCCGGGUCAUGUGGCCAGCAUGACUAAGCUGCUUCUGGUGAAACCAGAGCAGCACACGGAAACGCCGUUUACCUUCCCGCUGGAGCGGUACCUAUUUAUCUACUUGCACUUUGACGUGCUUUCAAACUGCUAGGUUGGCAGGAGCAGGGACCGAGCAACAGGAGCUCACCCCGUCGCGGGGAUUCAAACGCCGACCUUCCGAUAGGCAAGCCCUAGGCUCAGUGGUUUAGACCACAGCGCCACCCGCGUCCCGUAUACCAUCCUGUUACAAAACGUUAAAUGAAUAUACAAAUAACUCCAAAUAACCAGAAGCAAAACAAAAGGACCUUUACUGCAUGAUUGAAAGGAAAGGAGGUAAGGAGUCAAAUGCACCUGACGGGAGUGACAGCUCCACCACUUGGGUGCUAUUAUGGAUGCUUUUCAAAGGAGCCCUUCCUGGCUUUUAUAGCUUCCUUGAGCUCCUCCAGAUGACCUGUUAACUGAGCAUUCACCCUGUUUGCCUGCACAAAGUUUACAUGGAGAUUAUGCAAUGUUUGACCUUUAUGGAGCAUUUGUUCUGAUUUGCUUUUAUGGAGGUUAUAUGUCUUCCCACUAAUCAGUUGUCUAUCCCACACUUUUUAGUACAUUUGCCUCUCACUUUUGUAACCACAAAAAGUUGGGUGGGGAGUUAAGUGGCUCUGUUGUACCAGAGUGCUUUAAUUCGUGUUUAUGCACAAAUCUGCAUUUCCAGAAUGUGAUUCAAUCCCUCCCGCAAAACACUGAUAUCCUGGAAGCAACUCUUGACUCUGGAUCUUAGAUCUCUGUUUGUAACUUUCGUGUUCAGUAAUAUGCAUUCUAUCUGAGCUUCUGGUAUCAUGGUUUGGAAUAACUUUAAAAUUAGAACAAUGCCACAUUUAUAUGCUGCUUUUCUGCUCCUCAAUAACCAACAAAAAAAGCCUACAAGUUAUCAUCAAUAAUACUCAAGCAUCUAAAAACAACAAAAAGUGGAGCAGAAGAGGUGGGGGCAGGAAGAGGAGAUGUGGAAGUCCUUGACUGUAUGCCAGCCUGAUCUCUCUCUCUCUCUCUCUCUCUCUCUCUCUCUCUCUCUCUCCUUCUUCUUCUUCUUUUUCUUCUUCUUCACUAUCCAAUCCUGCAGCUUCUCCUGCCUCGUAACUCUCGUCUCCCGGCUGUUACAGGUUCCUCCAUUUCAUUCAUCCCUGCCUGCUCCACCACUGGUGGAGAAGUGGCAGUGGCAUAAGCGCUGAUUUUGGGUGAGAUGGUGCUAAUUUCUCAUGAGAUCUCACUAAAAACAUGCACAAUCUCUCACAUUCCACAAGAUCUCACAUGUUUUAAGUGCCGCUUCACCACCGGUGGCAGAGAAGGUGGGGCAAAUGGGUGACACCUUGUGGGCUUCCACCAUCUGAGGCAGUGGCCGCAACCCACCUAAUGGCUAUGCUGGCCCUGUCUGCACCGUCUUGUUCCUGCUCAUGUGUCUGCCUACUCCCCUUGAGAGAAACCAACACUGAGAUUUUAUUACAAUCAGGUGUUAUAUAAAAGUUGUGAAAUAAGUAAAUAAAUUUAAAUCUCUCUCUCAAGCACAAAAGAAGGGGCGAGGCAAAAAAAAUCCCUCUCUGAGAGCAGGAACAUCAUUUUCAUCUUCUGAAAUGAGAACUAAGCCUGGACCUUAUUUUGGAUAUCAAGGACAUAGCACCAUCACAUAGUUCUCUUACUUCUGUUGGCUCUCAAACAUCUCUCCAUCUUCUCAACAAUGUGCACAGAAGUGGAAUACAGUGCCAUCCAUCACUACUGACAUCAACAGAAGUCUGCCAUCAACUUCCUUUGGAUGUGAUUGCUGAUCUGGCCUGUGCCACCAUCGUGCUCUUUGGACAGCAAUGCUGGCUUAUGUGGCUCACAUCCCUGUGAUCUAAAGAGUGGCACAAGCAAUAGCAGAUGGCACAGUAGGGCUGCACUGCUUACUCCCCAGCUGAAUUACUGCUGGAUACCAAGAGCUGGGGAUGACAAGGAGGUGACGAGGUUGACAGAACCACCCCAUUCCUGUCCAUUUCCACCCUGGUGUGGAGCAGCGACCCAGCUGAAGGGUGAACAAUUCAGCCUCUCCCAUGCCAUCUGCUACUCUUCACUUCAACAGAACUUGCACUGAUGGAACCUUUUGAGGGUUGGAUCAUCCAGUUAGAAAUGCGUCAUACUUUAUCUUAAAGACUCAUUGAUAAACAUUCUGUAAAAUGUUAAUAAGUAACAUACGGUUUUCUAAAUGACUAAUAAUGUUGUUACAGAAUCAAGCAGGUGACUAGAUUAUCAGUGCUCUUAUGAUGUCCUUAAGGUAGGGUUCGCCAGAGAACUUUUGGUGCCUGAGGUAAGAUGUACCACCAUUGAGGAGGGAGGAAAGGCAGUGCAGCUACUCCAUAGAAAUGUCUGCUUUUUGGUGAGUGUCUGAGACAUGGUGAAAAAGGACUGUUCCAUGAGGCGUUGCUGUUGCUUCCCCUGGCAUUGGCUUUCAGCUGAAUCAAGCUGCCUGCGAGGCCAGGUUGGGAUCUCCCACCCCCUGUGGAGCAUGCCGCCUGAGGCAGGUCGCCUCAGAUUGCUUCAUUGGUGCACUGGCCAUACUAGGGUUGCAGGGCAGGCAACAUGGCACACCUUUCUAGCCACUUUCCACCUCUCAGAAUUAGCUGUCUCGCUCUGCCUCAUGGUACAGCCAGCCCUGUCUUAAGACAUGGGCUGUUCACAGUCUCAACAUGCAGUCACCCAUGUUUGACAUUCAUAAAUUGCCCUUGAAUUAAUAAGUAGAGCCUAUAAAGCUUUGCAAGUCUGCAGUGCAAUCAUUUCAAUGUUCCUCACUGUUGCUGCUGUGUGUGCCUGCUCUCUGCUUCCAUCAAUGUAGGUCAAAGCACAUCACCAACCUGCGCUAUGUUGCCUUAGAGGUUUUAGUUAGUCUAAGCCUUUCAGGAAGAAAUUCAUUUUUCUCACAAACAUGGAUUCAACGCUUUAUUUCAGUUCAUCAACUCAGAGAUGCCAGGAUUAACCUGCCUGGCUAUUGUGAGCAAUAUUUGACCCAGAAAUCAGGUCCCCCUGGCCUAGAUAUGCAUGGGCUGGAUGUAGCAAGAGAAAGAUGCUCAGCAUAUGCUCAGAUAUACUCCUCUCUGGAGACCCUGCAAGUGCCAGAGAAUUAGUCAUAAAGCCAUUAAUUCCCAGAUGCACAGGUGCUCAAUCUGUUGUUUUAAAUGUGAAAGAGAUCUGAUUGGCAUCCCAGAACACCCUCCCUACACGAAAGCCACUAUAUAGGGCAAGUGGAAUCUGUUCCAGAUCACAGUAUCUCUCUAUCCAGAACAUUAAACCCCGUAGAGAUCCAAGUGGCAAAACACUGAGAGUCUGAUGUAAGAAAACUCAUGCCGUGUGAAAAUAGAGAAGCAAAUAAUCUCAAGGGGCCGCCUUUCAUUUUUCUGCUUCCUUCUCUUGUAUUCACAUGUCAGACAUGGAUCAGGACAUACCUUUGGCAUUUUGUAAAUAAAUGCAUCGUGAUGAAGCAUUCUGGAAUGUGCUAGAAAAGGUGCUAGCAUGGACUGGGAAAUUAGCCAUACUAAAACAAAUGCAGUAAUGUCUGACCUUGGUGGUAUAGAUUUUUUAUAAGAAAUGAAGUUUUGCCUUUUAGAAGCAGGCUUACACAUGAACAGCCAGUGCAGAUGCAGUGAAACUGAAAGAAGCUGAAGAAACCUUUGUCCUUGUUUAUUACUAAUAGGAAUGCGCAUAGGAGAAAGCAGCUAAGUUUCAUAAUAAGUGAGGGUCAGGAUUGGAGCUCUCUUUGAGGCCAGCUGGGGUGACCUGAGGCCACUUUAACCCUUAGUUGCCUAUCCCUCUGAGAAGACCUCUUCUGACUGUUAUAGGAAGCAAGGAAAGGAAAAGCUUCAAGCUUCAAGCUUACUCAUUGCACAUUACAGGGAAAUGUGAAAAAAGAUACGAGUCACCUGCGUUUCCUCUUUCACCACUUCCUGUAUCAUAAGAGAGAGAGAGCUCAGAUUAACAAAACAAUGCAAAAGGUAUCACUGUUUAUGACAAGUAUCAAAGAGACAGCACAUGCCCGUUUCAGAAUUUUACAGCAGGAAUGCUCCAUGUAAUGAACCAGACUAUCUCAUUGGAUAUAUAUAUUUGCUCACUACAUAUUAAUUCUACCUUCUCAUUUCCAUCCAUGUCACUAGAAGCAUACAGAUGAACCGUGAUACAGUCAACAACUGCAGGAAGUGGUAAUAGGAGCACAUUCACAAGCCAUGUGCCGCUUGUGGAGUAGCCACACUCCCAGCAGCCAUGCAUUCAGUGCUAGUGCAGAAGGCAGGCUAUAUGCAUCUAGGUGUACAGGUAGCCCCCAGUUUAUGCAGGGGUUGCAUUCCGAGGCACCACACACUUUGGUGAAAUCGCGUAUGAUUGAAACCCAUUAAAAAAGCCCACAAACACCCCGUUCCGCCCCAGCCCCCUUUUAGUGACAUUUCAGUGAUGUCUUUAUGACAUUUCCGGGUCACUUCAAGGUUUGGUGCACAUAUUGAAUGUGCUUAAAUGAGGGACUGCCUGUACAUGCAUAUGCCUCUUCCACACAAUCAAGAACUCUUGAAUGGUCAGGGUUCUUGUUUAUGUAGAUGAGGCCUGUAGGGCAUAGCUUCAGUUGGGCAUUCCCAAACUAGUUUUUGUUCUUCUCUUAAAUAAUCUUAGCCAUUUUCUUUCUUUCUCCCAGGUUGCAACAUUUGCUUGAUUUGUCAAAACAAAGAUAGUAACUUGCAAUUAAGUGGACGAGGUGGCACAAGAGACUGGUUAAAUAAACAUAGCCUUAAACAUUGUUUUCCAGGAAUACAACUAUUUCACUUUUCACAGUAGAUGACUGCAUGGUAUCCAUUGAUCCUACCAUGCCAGCAAACUCAGAAAGGUAUGUAUGUUUUCCUAUAACCAAAGCAAGUUCAGAAGAAUAAUGGUAUUACUUAUCAGUUGUAUUUUAUUUUAUUAUUUUAUUUUUGUAUGUAAGGCAUAGAUAAUAUGCAAUGGAAGACAGCAAACAUUUACUAGGAGUUUUCCCCCAGAUCGAAUCUUGUCCCGAAAUAGCAACAGUCACAUGCAAUAAGGAAAGUGAUUACACUGGAAAUACACUGGAAAAUGUGGGAUAAAAAUUGCUUGAUACCACGCUGUGUAACCUCCCUGCUAACAAAUCAAAAUGAAUGCUCAACCAAGUGCCAAUACCAUCUCACCUCCCCACAAAGUCUGUGCAACCAAAUCAGGACAAAUGCUCAUUUGUUGUUAACAAUUUAUCUGUAAGUGACCUAAAACUAAUACAGCUCUAAGGUUCCUUUAUUUAUUUUUCCCCUUAAAAUUAUAUGCAUGAUUACAGCAUGUGUGGUUAGAUUAGAUUGGAUUAUUAGAGCAUAUAUCUGUGGAACAAACUGCUGCAAAAAAACAGUUAAUGUGAAAAUGCUUUUUUUCUGUCCCACUCAGUUUCCUCUGGAGACUCACAUUUCCUAAUCCUCCUUCUACUAGGAGAAGCAAACCAAAACAUUAUUCUGCACACAGACAUUUUUAGAGGUGUGUACUCAUUAAUGCAUAGCCCAAGGCUCUUCUUUUCCCAAAGCUCUUCAUAAUUUUCCCAGGCUUCUUACAAUCUGCUCUGGGCGUGUUACUUCCCUCGCCCCCUGCCCCACUGCAGUUGCUUGUGCUGCAAGUUUUAUUCACCGUUUUCUUCCCAGUCUAUUCCUUGUGCUCAAGCAGGGAAUGUGCUGCAGUGAUCAAUUAAUGUUUGUGUGGCUGCAUGUGUUGUCGACGCUGCUUGAACACAGCCAGGAGCCUGUGACACUCAAGCGGGAAGGUCUUUGUGAAAUGUAUGUUCUUUUCCCUAAUUAAAUUUUGAGCAUAACCAGUUCUACAAGCAGCCCUUCUUCCCAUGUUUCAUGACGCUUGCAUCAUUUGAAAAUGCAUGCUUUGACUUCCCUUUUGUCUCUUGCAGAACUCCAUACAAAGUAAUACCUGUGACCACUGGGCAACAAACAGGUAAACUUUAUUUUGUCCAAAAUCAACUUUGGCAUGUUUCUCAAGUUUGUAAAUCCAUAUUUAAAUGGACUGUUGAAUAAUAUUUCACCUACAUGGGAUUUAAUCCAGAAUAAGUUAGGUGCCUUUAAAUCAACAGAAGACUUCACUUAAAUCUCCUUGGUUUUAGCUCUGCUCAUCAUAUUUUCGCUGUGGGAGCUAUGUUUUCAUAGUAUCAGCCCAUAAAUCUGCUAUAACUUCUAAAGCUCUAUAGUACAGUGGUGGGAAAGGCCCUCAGAACUGGCACACACAUAAACACAAAAUCUGGUUGCCAGUGUUUAAAUUUUACAGCAGGUACCCAUGGAAUGAACUUGUGAUAAAGCAGUGCCCACAGCACUAUUGCAACUCGUAAAUGGCACCUAAGUUUUGUUGGAGUUAAUGUUUGCAACUAAGGGCAUGUCCAGGCUGUUGCUAUUCUGUAGAUAGUAUUCAAUCACAAUCCAGGAAUUUAGAUUGCACAGUUGAAGUGGAUUUGGUUGUCUUACACAACGAACCAACUUCCUCCAAAAUUCAGGCUUUUCCCAAUCAGGAAAGUGAGUGGAAAAUAAUGGAAAGUGUGAGAUAACAAUUGCUCAAUGUAAUGUGAAAAAAAUCAGAACAAGUGUUCAAAAAGUAGCCAACUUUGCAUAUCCUUCCUGAAAACUUUGUGCAAACAAAACUGGGAAAAUAGUCAGUAGACAGGUGAUCUGGAAGUGAUGAAGCUUGCUGGAGCAUUUCUGUUUUGAACUCAAAAAUGCCCAAGUUCAAAUGGCAAAAGAAACCACAUCCAGUUGCAUCAUUUGUGAAUGGCACACACAUAUUUAAAUAGCUGCGUUUUACAUGCAAGAAGCACAGAAUUUUAGCCCAAUCCUUUGCUCAUGGCCAAAGCCAUUAGUGUUAAGUGCAUUAAUAAACGGACGUUUAAAUACUCAUGUGCCAUUCACAAUUCAUAGUACCACAUUGUAGGGUGUUGUUGCUAUUUUUGCCACUUGAACUUGGAUAUUGGUCAUACAUGAGUUCAAAAUGUAAAGCAUGGAUCAGCCCUUCAUACUGAAGGGUGGGUAAAGCAAUUAUCUGAUGAUAGUGAUGAUGAUCUUUAAAACAUUUGAGGGGGGUUUGGUAAGAAAAAUUGUGUUUUACAGUACCUUGUCCCCAGUCCAGAGGAAAAAAACAGUUAAGUCCCACCAACUUCAGUGGGACCACCAGAACUAACUUUCUGUGAAUAAGGGUCAUUAUAUUUGCUUUUGGGUGUUCAGAGGUAUAGACUGCUGUCACUUGUGUUGUCAAACUUAAGGGCUGAAAAGGCACACUUCAAGAGAAAAUAUAAGACUCUGGGGAUUUCAGCUGAGAAAGGGAAAGAAACCUACAUGCUGAAGGCUCCUAACAAAAUCACAAAAGCUGGCAGGCAUGGAGCAAGCUAAGAAAGAAAACAGAUGGCAAAGGAGAAGGCCAAAGAGGUAGUGUUUCAUAGGCAGAGUUAUCAUUUCAGAAGCAGUUAAAUUGCACCAGGCCUUUCCACAGAACUACACAUGUAAGGGGAGAAGACUGAAAAUGUUCAGUUAAAAUGGAGGCAAUUCCAAUUUCAGAAGUACUUGUGGAAUGGUUUUUUAAAACAACAAUAAUAGUUCCAAACAUCAGCAAUGCUAUUCUCCAUAGUAAUGCCUCACCAUUUAUUGAGCCUCUUUCGUUUAUUUCUUCUUAGUGCCUCCAGUUAUUGAUUCCUUUAUAUUUUCACUCAUUCUUUCCCAUUUCUGGAUGGGAGACCACAUCUAGUCAUGGUGAAGCAAGGGGUUGAGUGGGAAGAGUAGCAGCCACAGCAGCAUGACCACUGAAACAUUUUCUUUUUGAUGUCUGCUUAAAAACCUUUUUCAAGUGAGGAGCGCUACUCCACCUUCUCACCCUUGUCACUGUGUGCCUCUUCAGAAAGUGAGCAGUUGAUGAACAGGCAGCAACAACAAGAGCAAGCAGGGGCAGCGGGCUUUGGGGGUGUGCCCCCUGUGGGACUGUGACCUUCAGCAGGUGCCCAACAGUUGCCUUAACACCAGCCUUGCUGGAGUGGAAAGAUCUGUAGGAACAGGCCCGGCUCACCCAUGAGGUGGAGUGAAGCUGCCACCUCAGGUGGUGAAAACCCUUGAGACGGUACUCCUGUGAGUGCCCUACUUGCCCUGUCGCAUCCACUAGCAGAGAAGCAGUGCAGCAUUGGUGCUGAUUUCCAGCAAGUUCUUGCCAAAAUCUCAUGAGAUAUUGUGGGGUACGAUGAUUUCACGAAAUUUCAGUGAGAUCUCACUGGAAAUUGGUGUGAUCUCACUGGAAAUCAGUGUCGAUUUCUCCACCAGUGGCACUUCCCAUUGCUCCUCAAGAGGCAAAACAGGAUAUGCUGCUGCUGCUGCUUAGGAAACAGCACCUAACAAAAAAAAACCUUGAACUGAAACAAGAAUAAAUGGCUGUACCCGUUUUGUUCCCUAAUGGAUUAUGAGGUAAGAGAUGGCAGAGACUGAAGUAUUCAUCACUGCUUCUCUGUGGAGCAUUAGCUUCUUAUCACAUUGCCAGCGCAUGUCAUAGUCUCUUCAUCUUACCUGGAAGCACCCUUGUCUACAGCUAUCAGUUGUCAUGUCUUUGCCCUUCCGGUGAGCAUGCAAAGUUAUCAAAUAAUUGACAGAAAACAAAGACGACAACAGUUUAUCUCCAGGGACCUCAAUAGGAAUAGGAAUGUUGGAUCGGUAGAGAUUUAUACAGCUGUUCUGGUAGGAGGCUUGUGUAAGACACUGGGAACAUGGCUCUUGAUAGAUGAGCCAAUUUAUGGUGUUUACGGCGCUUCAAGGGAACCCCGCAGAGUUUGUUUAAAAAUUAAAGAUCUGCCCUAUUGCUCUUGUGCCAGUUUUGCGAUCUGACACCAAGAUUAAAUUGUCUAAUUAUGUCAAGACAUGACACAUUUGGAUUAAGCAAGAAUGUUUUGCUGGCAAUUUCAUCUCCAUACAGAACACAUCUCUCUCUUGUAUUGACUCACAAGGCUUAAGAUUUAUCACAACAGUGCUGGAAGUGGGGGUGGGAGGACUGUAUACAACACUUCCAUUGGCCUGGCUCCUGAUUGCUCUUUUGAGUAAGGCUUUUCGAAUCUCAACCCAGCCACGUGAAUUAUUCCCAGGGAGUGGUAAAAAUGAAAACCAGAAGUCAAGGGUAGGGCAUUAGUGGUAUGGAGUGUUGUUUUGUGUGCUUGGUCUACUGCCCAGUUGUAUCUGUCAGGUGAUCAUGCCAAAGUUCAUUCACAAUCACUGCAUCUGUAAUAUGAAUUUGUCCAGCUGGUCAUGCUGUGUCGCAGGUCAAGCAUAAUUUGCCUGAGUAGUUAUUAUUUGACCAGGCUGCUUUGCAGAUAUAUGCACAAACGUCCUUGCUUUUGCCCCUUAAUCUUGAUGAUCACUGUGAAUCUAUGCAAAAUACAAAGGCAAUUGCGCACAUAUAUAUAUUCGUUAGUGUUAACUCUUUAACCUUUGGUGAAACUCUCAUAGACAGCUAUGUGGCCAAACUGUGUUGCCAAACUAAGCGGCCAUUUGGUGAUGAACAUCUCCAUAUGAGCCAAUUUCCCAGUCGUUUCCUGCAAAAUCGAAAUCUGGAUCAAAAACCUUCAUGUGUGUUUUGUGUAAAGUGUAGAAGUUUAUAUUUACAAGUGACUCUCUUCAGGAAAGGGUGUUUUGGUCAUGCUGUGACCUGCAGAGUGUCAUCUAGUGGUAAAGUGGAAAUGGGCCUUCUCUGUGGUGGCACCUACUUUUGGAAUGCUCUCCCCACCUGGUUAAUUGGGAGGCAUCAACUGUGGUGUGUUUUGGAUGCUUGCUUAGUUUAUAGAUCAUUAAUUCUCAGUAAUUUGAUUUUCUGGAUAUUUGUGGCUAUAUUUUGUUUUAAUGUAUGUUUUAGACCAGGGAUGUCCAACAGGUCGAUUGUGAUCUACUGAUAGAUCCCUGGGAGGUUUUGGUAGAUCACAGUCGAUCGCUGGGUCCCUUUCCUUAGCGUUGGUAAAAUCGAACCCAGCCCCGCCCCCUUGCCCCAUCCUCCAUUGCUGCACGAUCUGUAGAACAGAAGACAGAGUUUACUCAGUGAGGCUGUUUGUUUCCCCAGCAAAAAAACAGGGCUCCUCCAUAAAAAAAAGCUCAACAACUUUGACCUGCACCACACAAAAUCAGGGGUAAAUCACUGCCAGUUUUUAAUUCUGUAAGUCUCUUGGGAGUUGGCCACCCCUGUUUUAGACUUGCAUGAAAAGAAGAGCUUGCUGGGUGAGGCCAAUGGCCCAUCUAGUCUAGAAUCCUGUUCUAGACUAUUGUAAACUGCUUCAAAAUUUGUAAGCGGUCUAGAAAUUAAUUAUUUUAAGUAAUUAAAUGUGCAUGCAUGCAGCAUUCAUGUGCCAUCAUCAUACGCUGGGAGAGUUUCUCAGGAAACAAAUGAGCUUUUCUCCAUAUUCUGCAAGACAGUUAGUAAAUGAAAAUUUGUGUUGUGUAGACGAAGCCAUUUCAACAGGGAUUAGUUUUUUCACUUCUGUCAAAAAUCCCAUCUCCCACAGGACUCUUUAAAGGUGGAAAAAAAUUGUCCUCCUUUACAACUGCUUACCCUGAGCGCAAGCCAUUGAUUCCACACCAUCCACCCAGGGUGGAUAACAUAAGAAGCAGGGAGACAGGUUUGCCCAUGAGUCAUACUUCUUUCUCUUGUAUUCUUGAACAGUGCAGUUCUGCACAGUCCCUUAAUCAGACCAGCUGCAGCUACAAUCUGUUCCCUACAAAACUAUUCCAGGUGGUUCUUUGCAAAGGUAGCUGUGAAAGACCUUCAAGAGCAUUUGAGGUAUGUGCCGCUUCAUUACAAUGCAUGUAAAAUGAAAACCUGCAUAGAACUAUACUAUACAGGAACAUAGGAAGCUGCCUUAUGACAGACCAGGUUGUUUGUCCAUUCUUGCCUAUUUUCCAGGGUCUGUCCCAUCACAUGCUAGCUGAUCCUUUUAACUGGAGAAUCUGGGGGUUAAACCCAAGACCUUCUGCAUACAAAGCAUGUGCUCUACCACUGAAAUUUCAUCCCUAAUUCAUAUUCAUUGUAGCAUUAAGGAGAUUGUUCAGUCAGUUCAAGCACCUCUGCUUGCCCUGCAGAACAAUCUCCCCUCCCCUCUCCCCCCCCCCCAUGCACUGCUCUGACGGUUACCCUGACAAAGACCCUGAGCAAAUUUGGUGGAGAUGUGGAGGGUGGGGGGAGAGGUGGAGAAAUCUUUUGUGCUAGCAAGAGUCCUUGCACUAUUGAAACGGGGUAGAAUCUGACCCACACCAUUCUGCACUGUCUGUUGAACUUUCUGGAGCGCAUCGUUAUUAUGAGCAGUGUUUCUGUUUGCAGAAUUAGCAUACAUCUGUUUGCUGGCCGAAUCUGAAGGCUAACGUAAGUUGGCCUUUGAGAGAGGGAGGUCAGAGAAUAUGCUUUGUUCCCACACUGCAGGUGUUGCAUCCACAGCAUGGGCCCCUGCUGAAUGUUAUGCACUCAUUCUGGGAAGAGCUCCCAUUGACGUCAGACUAGAGAGACCUUGCUGAGAGUACGACAUGCACAAUAGGGAGUGACUGUGCAAAAGACACCCACACUGGAAAUUCUGGGUUUUCCUUUGCAGCUGUAACCUAUUAGCAGGCAGUCCUGCAAAUCACCCAAAUUUCACUCAAGAAUAUUGCAUAGUGGUGGGGGUGGGGUUGCAUUUGCAAAAAGAAAAAGAAAAGAAGAAGCUUUUGAAAAUAUUCCAUGCGUAUAUCUAAGAUCUUUUGGAGAAAGCAAACUGUACAACUGUGGUCCAAAAAAGUGGUGAAAUUAAUUUUAGGUGCACCAUCGAAGUGAGCUGAAAUAGGAACAUUUUAACUGUAAGUCAUCUAAAAUUUUACUUUGUUUGUUUGUUUAUAAAAAAAACAUUUAUCUGCUAAGUCAUAAGUUGCAUCCAAGUGGUUUACAAAGUGUAAAAAGUUGAAAAACCAAUUUAAAAGUGAAAAAUCAUUUUGGGAGGAUGAACUCAACUCUAAACUGCCUGCACAGGUCUGGCACAACAGAAAACUUUCCAGCAGGUAUUUAAAAGUUGGCACAGAAGACCUUCUUACCCUUCUUUUGAGGACAGAUGAUGAUGAUGAUUAUCUCUAAUUCUUACCCGCACUUUACUGUAGGUUACAGCAGUGGUCUGAUAGAUCACAGUACUGACCUGGGGCUCCUUUCUGUAAUGAAAUAUUUCUGUACUGUAUGACAUACAUGCACAAGAAGUCCUAACAGCAUCACUCCUUGUCCUCCAGAGCAGAGCUUUGAACACUAUCUUUGCUGGUCAUAAAUAUUUACUGAACUCUGGGGUUAUAAAAACAUCCAUCUUCCGCCUUACUGGGCUACAGAUGGUGAUGAUACCAACUACUCGGGACUAUAUGCUGGAAAAUUACUGCCGGCUGCCAGUGGAUUGUUGCAGUAUGAACUCUCACAGACUGUUGCAAAGAAGAGGAAUUUUCCCAUAACAAUUUCUGCCACAGUUUUGAGCAAGUGCGCCUUAGUUUCAUCCAAACUGCAUUACUGCAAUGCACUGUAUGUAGUGCUGUCAUCUUGGAGAAGUGUCCAGAAACCUCAGCAGUUUCAGAACAUGGCAGACAGAAGUCUUGGACUACCCUUUUUGCAGCAGCUUAAUAGACCUCCUGCCUAUUUCCAGGUUCAAUUCAAAGUCCUGGUUAUGAUCUUUAAAGCCUUUGGCACCAUCUCUCAUCUAAGCAUGACCAUUCAUUAAGCUCAACAGGGGGUCUCUCUGCAUGUUCCGCCAACAUCUCCAAAGGCCUUCUGGCAGUUCCCUCACUGCGAGAAGUGAGGGAACCAGGCAGAGGGUCUUCUUAGUGGUGGCGCCUUCCCUGUGGAAUGCCCUCCCAUCAGAUGUCAAGGAAAUAAAUAGCUAUCUGACUUUUAGAAGACACCUGAAGACAGCCCUGUUUAGGGAGGUUUUUAAUGUUUGAUGUUUAUUGUGCUUUUAAUAUUCUGUUGGGAGUCGCCCAAUGGGCAGGGUAUAAAUAAGAAAUUAUUAUUAUCAUCAUCAUCAUCAUCAUCAUCAUCAUCAUUAACAUCAUCUGAGGGAUGAGCGGCUGGAAUGCAAGACAGGGCCUUGUUCGUGGUUGCACCACUCAGGGUUUGUUCAGAAUGCUGAUUGUCAAGGGAGGGAUUUUUAUCAAGACUGAAAGGUAGAAAGGGAAGAUUGAAACCUCUCCUCACCUGCAUGCCGUGCUCAGAUGAUUAUUACACACACACACACACACACAGAGAGAGAGAGAGAGAGAGAGCACUCUGAUAAUUUGUUUUAAAAAAGAAGAAAACCAGAAUAUGAUUGCUUAUCAUUUCAUUGUGCAAUAUGUAGUUAAGCCUUCUUUCAUACUCCUCUGAGAAGUGCUCUCCAUUUGAAUUGCCUGCCAAGUAGGAAGCAGGAGCAAAUCUCCCACACAUUGUUUCCUGUCUAUGGACAGUGCUGUUUGCCUCAGCAAUGAUACAUACUAUGGUAAUUUUAGAACUUGGACCGAUGGCACUUCCAGAUGACAUGCUGAUUGCACAUUCAUCCUGAUUCGUUUGCAGGAAGGUUAGACCGUUGGCUGUUUAAGGAGCAUCCAUUUGGAACCCUUUGCCAGAGAGGUUAGAUGACGUUGUCUCAAAGCAUGUCUUACCCGGCACUUUCCAGUGCAUUUCUCCAUCCCUUUCCUCAUCACAAAAUAAUCCAAUCUUCUGCAUGUACUAUGUCUGAGCACCUUGAGCUCCUUGCAGGGAAGGUGGGAUAUAAAUAAAAUUUAAAAAGUAAGUGAGUUUGUCAUAUAACUCCUCCCAGUCACUUGUAGUUGCACAACCUGAAUUUGUCAGUAUGUGAUUGGAUUUCACUAAAAAGAAGCAAAAAACAGCAGUCUGUAUUAUGUUCUUAAUGGUCAGGGUGAGGGAUUUAGUCAACCAUAUGUGUUACUUCACAUAAUAACUGCCCUUUUGUUUUAUUUUAUGGAGCACCUUUGCUGCUGCGAAGGAACCUGUCUGUGCCCUAAGGCAAGCAUCAGAGGCCUGCACUUUAACUAUUCACUGAGACAAGUCAAAUUGGGGACUGCUAGAGCAGGCAUAGGCAAACUCGGCCCUCCAGAUGUUUUGGGACUACAAUUUCCAUCAUCCCUGACCACUGGUCCUGCUAGCUAGGGAUCAUGGGAGUUGUAGGCCAAAAACAUCUGGGGGGCCGAGUUUGCCUAUGCCUGUGCUAGAGACAGGGCCUUUUAAGUGGUGGCUCCUAUUUUCAGUGGUGUCCCCAUCCAUUGUGAUGUGUGCUUGGCUCCAUCCCUUGAAGAUCCGUUUCCUUGGGGCUGUCUUUGAGCAGUUUUAUUAAUCAUGCUUCUUGCUUAUACAUGAUUGUUUUUUAGGUUUUACAGUUUUAUUCUAUUGGCUUGGACUUGAUAGCAAUUUUUAUGCAGGCUGAAGAGUGUUUUAGAGGGUGUGUUAAGCAACUUAUUAUUCCUGAUCUUUCUCUUUUUGUGAUAAGUUUUAGUUUUGUUAUUUCAAUGUCAUUUGUGAUUUAUUGUGUCGUAUUUGAAAGCCACCUUGAAGAGACCUAAUGUGGACAAAGACACAAAGAAUUAUAUUUGGUCAUGGUUCUUUGGACAAAUCUAAGUGCAAUUCCCAGCUAUAUUUAUAUGUGGGGACGGAGGAAUGCAUAGUGAUCUAGCUCAUUAAGGUUGCCAACUCUUUUUCUGGCAGGGUUCCUGUGCCUUUUAACAGGCAUAGGAAAAGAAGUAGAAAUUCAGGUGGCAAAGCUUACCUCAGGCUUCACCUGCUGAAUUUCCACUUCUUACAUAGCUGUAAGUUGGCAACCUUAAUGAGCGAGAUCAUGACCCCCCUCCCUUCUUUGGGAAAUACACAAGAGGGACCCUGCCAGGAAAAUAAAAGUUGGCAACCCGUAUAAUUUCCAGAGAAGCUUGAGAGUGAUGUCAAUAAAAAUUGUAGAGCAUUCUACAAAUAUAAAAAAGGAUAUUUUUAUAUAAGUAGCUGCAAUCAUUGGAAGAUUGUUCCCAUUUCACUGAUAGUGAUAUGAGGUCUAGAAAUUAAGUAAACAGUUACUGUUGAUGCAAGGGAAAGGGACCUUUGUCUCUUUAAGACAAGAGGAACUGCUAGUCAUAUAUCUUUACUGUGUUGUGGGGUUAUAAAAGCAUACGUCUUCGCUCUUUUAUUACAUCUAUAAACAUCAGGCUGCAGCUGACUGUUCCCUGGAUUAGAAUGUCCUAGCACUUUAAGUAAGUUUUGACAGCGAGAGGGAGGGAAAGUAGUACUUCUAGGGGUGGGUUUUUUCCCUUUCUUUUCUUUUUUUUAAAGUGGAUUCUUUUUAUAGGACCUUGUCACUUUCUUGUAAGCUUCAGCCGCCGCAAAAGUUCUGAGAGGCAAUGAAACCAGGAUAUACCGGGUUCAGAGUUUGUUCUUCUUUGGCCUGUGUAUAACAUUCUGCUGUUUGUGAACGGUAAGCAGAAAGAAAAGUUUCGUGGUUUUGUUAAACACAUUGUUUAUUUGAGUUCAGCCAUUUGAUUUGCAGCAGACGUUUAAGCUGCUUUUUUUAAAAAAAGGGAAAGCUAUUUACUUAUCUAGAACCAGUCUUUCUGUUUACUGUUCUGCUUGCUGCAUUUUAGAAUUGCUUAACAAAAAUGAAACAAAGUGGAACAAUGAGGGUCUUGUAUUUUAGUUGUAUUUGGAUCUACUUUGAUUUUGUGCUUUUCAAGCUUUGCUUGAUUAUUCCAAUUUUGAGGUUCGUAGUAGCUAAAAUAAAAUAUUUGCAAAAAGUAGGGGUGGGGGACAGAGUGAUAUACCUUAUUAUGUACAUCAGGACAACGAGAGAAGGCAUGCCUUAAUGAGAGCUGUAGCCAACUGGAAUAUUUUUUAAAUAUUAGAAUGCAAUAAUUCACCAGAUAUAUGAUCAUUCAACUGUGUAUUAAUCUCAUGAAUAUCUUCUUAGUAUCCCCCCCCCCAUUAAGACUAGAGGGAACAAAUGCAGGAAAUUGCUACUUUAAUUUUAUCCUUGCAUUAUGAUCUGGGCUUAGUAGCAUUCAAAAUAUGGUUGAGUUUUACUUGAGCUGUUAAUUUUGACUUACAUAGAACACUGCAAUCUGACAUUUAAUAUUUAAAAGCAAAUUAAAAUAAGUAAUUUUGUAUUAUACAUCACAUUUUAUAAAAUAAGAAGCUGCAAUAAGCUAUAGCAGCAGUUCCCAAACUUUCUGAGUCGUAGAGCACUUUUUGGAAGAGAAAUUUGUCAUAGAGAACUAUCGUUGUCCUUAUGCCAAAGGCACAUAUUUAUUUAAUUUUCUUUCCAGUUUCUUCAUAGAGCACUUGGAGAUGCUUUGCAGAGCACCAAGUGCUCCACGCAACGCAAUUUGGAAACUGCUGAUCUAUUGUCUUUGGUUUAUAUUAGGAAGAUAUAUUAUAUACUUCUGAUUACCAUAUCCUGGAGGCAUGAAGCUUCCCAGAGUUGGCUACUGUUAGAGAUACAAUCUUGCUCUGAUUCAGCAUAAGCAUUUCUUCCUUAAAAAAUAUCUGUGGUCUGUGCAUGAUUUUGAAGCGCUUUCUGGUGGUACAUCUCUUCCAAGACCAACUUGCAAUGCCUUCCAUGCGGUCAGAAAUUACCUAAGCUAUUGUACAAAUGCAACCCUGUUCCUAGCUUAGGAAAGCCUGCCUCUCUGAAAUAGCAACUAAUUUGGGGGGGGGGGGUUGAAUCUAAUAGAUACAUGCACAUGAAAAUGUUGUAUCAGAAUGUAUCCUCCAUAUACAUUUCCUCAAAGUGUCUGGCAAACCCCUCAUGGCCAGCCAUGAUGUGCUUCAGGAAUCUGCCCCAAGUGCAGGGUAGCUAAUCCACAAGGGUAACUAGACCACAAGGAAUGACUCUGCUGGCUGACUCCUCAGGGAUGUGAUGGAUGCAGCAAAGUAUGACUUCAUUGCUGACCUCACUGCUGCACAGUGGGCACAAUUAUGUAUCCUAUUAUGUGUUGGAUCAGCUUCAUAGCAAGGUUCCUGCAUUUGUGUUUCAACCUUCAUCCAGCCCACUCCUUCAACCGGAGCUCCUCAAAAUACCAAGGAGAAUUGCAGUCUCCAUGGUCCCAAUUAUGUCAAUGGCCCUAGGAAUCUCACUGUUUCACAGUGAAAUAGAAGCACCGAGAGGAUCACUUGGUGAAGCCACUGUAAACAUCAGAAAUCCAUUAGAAUUUAUCAACCUCCAAGAACAGACCAUCCCAAGUGGUCCCUUUCCCCUGCAGCAUCUAGCCCUCCUGUUUCCAGACCACCACCCUUCCUACUUGGAGCAAAGGCCAAAUCAAGGCUGUCCCUUGCUCCGUCCUAUAGGGCACAUUACAGAGCAAGAUUGCACUGUCUUAUAAGAAAAACCUGCUCCUUUUCCCUUAUGGGGUACCCAAGAGCCCGUAUAGAGUCCUUAUGUAGGUUCUCUAUCGGUAGGAGAAAAUAACAGAGGCCAACCAGAGAAUAUUGAGAAGCGAGGCAGCUAGUAAGCCUGAUCUUUAUUAAACUGUUGCAACAGGGUGCUCGCUCUCCCCACGUAGGAGGGAGGAGGAACCCAGAACCAUGGUGUGCAAGCCCUUAUAAAGACUUUUGAAAUUGCCACACUGUAGCAGUUAAUGGGUUUACCUCAGUGGUGUCCAAACUUUUUUCAAAGAGGGCCAGAUUUGAUGAAGUGAAGGGCCGUGAGGGCCAACCAGAGGGCCGACCAAAGCUGUUAACCUUUUUUUAGGAUUGAAGUUGUUGAGGUUUUUUUAGGAUUUUACCCCAGGAAAUAAACUGCCACAGGGGCUGAAUUAAACUGACCAGUGGGCCAGAUUAGGCCCCCAAAGCAGACUUUGGACAUGCCUGGUUUACCUGGACAACCUGGGCAUUCUUUUAUGAUGAUAAAUACUUAAUUCCUGAGUCCAGGUCACAGGCUUACCCUAUUCAUACACAAAUGUGCCCUUAAGGUGGGAUUUGUGAGCACAGAGACAAUGGGGAGGCUUUUCCCAUUUCCUUCCAAACUGCAGCAUAAUAUCUGAGGUCACUGAAAGAGUCAAAAUGGCCUAGGACUGUUUUCCUGUACUGUUUCAGACAUGUGGUUUAUAUAUUUAUGUAUGUGUUUUCCUGGUACAUUUAUGAACAUUUAUUUUACAUCUUAGACCUUAUAAUUCUCAUAACAACUGCAAGACCAGAAAGGAGAAAGCAAGCAACUGUAAUAUUUUAAAAUCAUAACAUUUAUGAUUAAUAAUAAUCAUUAUUAAUAAAGGACCUCAAAAGCUAGGUGCUGUCUGAUGAUUGAGUUAAAAAGAAGAAAUCCUACCUGCAGUCUUGCAGUCAAAGAUAAUAUAGGUAUAUAAUGGGGAACUAAACUUAGCAGGCUUUGCAAAUGCGGUGAGGAAAAUUGAGCGAGAAUAAACGUUUGAAACUUGAAUAAAAGCACUUCAAACCAAAACAGUACAAGCUUUUUCUACGGUAUGGUAAUAGAUCUAACAGAUAACUUUCAGACCACAGGUAUUGGAAACAAAACACCAGCACUCUGGCUUUCAGGACUGCUAAACACAACUGAGAGAACCUGAGUAGCAGCACACCUUUGUUUCCUAAUCCCCUGCGGUAGACAAAGUGGCUGAGAGUGUUUCUCCAGCUGGGUGCAAUGAGCAAGGAACAGCAAAAGGGAGUUUGGGUUGUACUGAACAAUGAAUAUACUGAUAGGAGUUUAUGGUUGCUAGACCUUUCCCUGGAUUCAGUAAGUUUAAUAAUUUAAUCAAAGUUUAGAGUAUUAAAAUGUGUGCCAGACCACUGUAUUCCCUGGAUCUAACAAGUGUUAAAAGCUAAUUAAGACAGUCAGAGAUUAGAGAAGAGAGCUGGGAUCAAUGUGAGUUGGAAGCUGAGAGUAGUGCGUAAUGGGACAGAGAAACAAAACAACAAGCAGGAGAGUCGGAGCAACGUUUGAGAGAAAUGUUCGCUGUCCCUUUGAAUCCAAGGCUGUAGCUACAGGAGAAACAAGACCCUUUGGGAGUGUUAAUGCUGUGAAUCCCUCAAUCGUAGGCUCAGGUUGUAUAUAUUCAUAAAUAACCCCAAGAUCAUAAAGACUCCAUGCAGUCUCUACUGUGCCUCAUUCCAAAGGCAAACACAAACCCUGGGUAAGUGCCUGGAACUCCUGGGCUUUCGUAGUGGUCAGAGAUUGGUUUUGACGUACAACAAUACAGAGCUCUCAUUGAAGAAACUUGCACAAACACUUUUGCUCCUGAGGCCUUCUUAGGGCUUUUUAUUUUUAAAUAUGAUUGCUACACAGUUAGGCUUUUGUGUACCUCUUUUGCAAAUGCAAAGUUUUUUCCCAUUACUUCCCCCAAAAAACUGUGCAGGGACAACUUAGGGUCAGUAGGCCAGGGCUGCCACAGCAGGAUGAAGUGACCUGCUUUGGGGCACUGUGAUGGGGAGAUAGAUGGAGGCAGAAAAUAGUGGCUGAGAUUUGCAGCAAGAUUUUAUUAUUAUUAUUCAUGUGUUGGCACUAUAAGGGACCAGAGGGCACUAUUUGGGACCAUUUGGGGCAGCAUGCAGUAUCAUCUUGGAGCACUCAAAGGCUGCAGUAAAUAAUAAUAAUAAUAAUAACAACAACAACAAUAAUAAUUUUAAAGCUGCAAAAUUUUCAUACGACCCGUUUUCAGAAAAACUUUCCAUGUGUUUGGGUACAUUCAUGAGCCCAGUCUGCAGUAUAGGUAACCUGACCCUCUGUUUCAGCACCACAAAAAGCACUGUAUUUCAAAUGCUGUUGCCCUAAACUUUGUUAAACAGCAACUUAGCCCAAGUCUGAUCAGUCCUGAUGAGAAACAGCAAUGUAAUUUACAUAUUAAUCCUCUAAGGAUAAAGCAAAUGUUGAGGGUGACUUGUACCCCUUGGAACCCUUAAAUUUCAUUUAAACAGGCACUUGCUGUUAGUUUGUCUGAAGCAAGGUAAUAUCAUUGUCUUGAUAAAUCAGUGCAGUACCACUGCUGGCUCAUGUUCAGUUAUCAUCUGUAAUAAUCUCCAGAUCAUUCUCUAUAGUGCUGUUGCUUGGUUGCCAUACAUUUGAUGUGUUGGCAUUAUAAGUUUCCUUUACCUUGGCAGGAAAAUGGCAUCCAAGUAAGUGUCAGACAAGUUUCUUUGCAGAGAGCACUCCAUGGGCAGGGUGCCACAAUCAAGGAGGUUUAUUUCCUGUUAGCCAUCUGUUGUACUUCAAACUGGCGCUGCAUUAGAAAUCCCUCCCACUUUUUGUUAUUUAACAUUCUCCAAAAAAAAUUCAAAACUGCAUUAAGAAAGUAUCAGAAAGAAGAUUCUGGUGAAAUCAUCCUGGGUGGGAGGUAUGGUUUUCUGCUUGCCAUUCUUUCAAUGUUGCCAAGGGCUGUUUGAGAGGACCCCUUCUUUCAUUCUAUAAAGCAUCUCUCCGGGGGUCUGAGUACCUGGGUAUUUCCUGAAACCCCCAUGACAGCCUCAGCCUGGCUUUCCUAUAAGCACGGGAAGGUGGAGGGGGCGACUUGCUGUGCAUCUGACUGCUCAUUGUUUUUCAAGUGAAGUCUUUUUACCUUUAAGGGUUGAAAGAUAUAUUUUAAUGAUAAAAGGAAGAGCAUACCGUAAAGGCAAAAUCUAUGAGUGCAGGAAUCUCAGGUACUCAGUGGCCAGCUGCGCCAGCCUCCCAUGCUCCAAUGUAUGUGCCGGGGGAAACAUCGUCCAGUACCUUCUGCCACGGGGCUUUUUUUCCUGCACAAGAAGUUGGGGAAGCCGCAGAACACUGGGAAAAUGUUUAAUAGAAAGUCCUAUUCUCAACCACUUCACAAUGAUAAAGUAAGUUUGCACUGACCAAAAUUAUAAAGGAAUUCUAAAGUUUCCUGAGAAUGGAAACAGAGAAAUGGAAGCCUCUUUUGUAGGGGAAGCAUUUUUGAGAAAUCAGAUGACAUGUUUUGGCACACCACUAAUUCAGACAGUGAAGGUACUCAGAGGAGAGCUCUGCUGAAGACCUUUGAGUACAGGUAGCGGGUAAUAUUCAACACUAAUCCUUCUCAGAGGAGGCCUGUUGAAAUUAAGAAACAGGACUAAGGUUCAUUCAUUUCAGUGGGUCUACUCUGCAUAGGACUUGGUCGAAUACAAACCAGAUGAUUGUUCGGGUACCCUGCAGUUACUUUCUAAAAUGCCCUCAUAGCAUGGUGAUAUAGUACCUUCUCUUUUACCUAUAAGGAAUUCAUGAAGUGGUUUAAAGUUCGUAACCAGGUCCUGUAUAUUGAACUUGCAUUCCAGUUUGUUUGAACAAAGCUUGUACAAGGGACACACUGUAUCUACUGUUUACUGAGCAUCCAUGCUGAUUUGUGUGCACGAAGGUUAUACAACUUCCCAUAAAUUAAUUGUUAUUCCUCACUUUCUAGUGUAUUUUCGCAUCACUUUCUUUACUUCAAAAGUCAUUUUUUAAAAAGUAGUUUUUGUGCAUAAGAGUUCCAGACCACUUUAAUCUUCUCUAAUUGCACAAAUCUAAAUUUGCCAACGUGCAACUGAUCCCCUCCUGCAAUACAGUAACAGUUUGGAGGCCGCCCAGGAAUUUGUCAGGUUUUAAUAUCGUUGUAAAUUUUGAUUUGUUAGCUGCUUUGAGGUUCUUUGGAAAAUUUGGUGGCAUUAUACGUCCAUGAAAUGAAUGAAGCGCAGACAUAAUAUGGCCAUACUUACCUUCAUCUAAUUCAGCCUCACAACAAUAAUUUGAAGUAGGCUGUUGUUGUUUUCAUUUUAUAGAACAACUCAAAGAGGACAGGAGAAAAAUGACUUUACCAGAUUCAACCAUCAUAUACAUAGUACCAUAAUUUGAACCCAUGUUCCAAUCCAAUAUAGUAUUCACAGAAUCCUGUGUGCAUUUCUUUUUUCUGCUAAACUAGUUUUCUUAUCUCAACAAACAACUGGUAGAUGUAGCAGAUUUUGUUCCCACUCUGCCUAGUACUAAAUACCUUUAUUCCUACAGGUGCUUACGUAUGCAUUACCAGAGAGAGAGAGAGAAUAAUUUGAGGAACUUUAUGCAUUUUUCUUCUCUUUCCUUCCUCCUUUCACCCUUUUUAAAAAUCUAAGCAUGUGUAACUAUUAAUGAAUAAGGCCAUGUAUUCGCUUGAGAAUGUAAAGUGUAUUUCACUGACUAUCAAACUGCAGUGCUUAAAAGCACAUUACGAGGGUGUUUUUGAAUGGAAAAGCAAAAUUGAUGCCCCCCACUGCAUAUUGGAAAUUGCUGUUACUUUCUGAAAUGCCCUCAUUGCAUGCUGAUAGAGCACCUCCUCUUUUACCUAUAAGCCAUUUAUAUUUGGUUAAUCAGAGGUUUGGAUAAGCUUGAGUGCUGCCGUAUAGCGAGGUUUGGGGGAAUAUAUGCUGAAUUCAGAUUAAUUGGAAAUUUGGCAUAAUAAAGGUUUGCUGAUUGUGUUUUAAUGUAGUUGUUUCUUUUAGGGGUAAAAAGAAAGGCAAAUUCAGUUCCCACUCCCCAAGAAUACCUUCAAUAUUUGUAUAUGGAGUAUUGGUUUUUCCCCCUAAGGUGACUAUUAUGAGUCUAAAAAUAAUACCUUUGGUUACAUUGUUGAGAAUGUCAUUUAUAAAGGCUAUCCAUCUUCACAAUUCAGAGCACAAUUUAGGCUGCAAUCCUAUACCUACUUACCUGGGAUACUAGACUGACAAUGGCAAUUUUUUGCAAGUAUUGAUUGGACAAGGAUAGCCAAGCUUAUUUUCUUUGCUAAAUAUGCCAUUUUAAACAAAAUUCUGUCUGUGUGGAAGCUGAAAUAGGUCUGCUAUCCUCCAUCUUACAUUCAUUAGUCUCCCAUUGCUUUAUAUUUUUAAUAGAAAAAGAGGAACUGUUCCAGAAUUUGCUGGCGCAGGUGAUCGAGCAAUUCUCCAGGUAAUAUUUUUAUGCAAUAGGUUUAGUGUAAUUAUAUUUCUCCUUGCAUUCAUUUCAACACUGCAGUCCCCAAACAGUUUGCUUUGAGAUAAAUGCACCAGCUUUUCACUCAUUGUUCUUCAUAGUGAAUACGGUAUGCCUGAGUCAUUUAAAAGUUUAUACAGGCUAGUCAAGCAGAGAAAGAUGAAUUAAUUGAAGGCUGCAAUCCAGAACCCAAUGGGAUUUUCCAGUGACUAAACACGCAAUGAAUUCACUGGACUCCACCCCCCAAUCUUGUAACUGAAACGAAGUAGAAUUCAUCUAUGCUGCAUUUUGUAAGAGGGAUGCAAAAUCCCUAGCAUUGUUCUAACUAAAUAAGAGUGUUCAACUCCUUACCUCCUUAAUAAACCACUUACGUGAUUGCAAAAUAAAAUACUGUAAAGUAACAUAAAUGAAGCCACAGAGAAAAUAUAAUCAAUGCUGCUGGAAUAAAGAUCAGGUUAUUAUAUUAAGAAAGGAAACAUUAAUUUACACAUACAGACUCUUUAGAAAUGUAAAGAUAGACACACCAGCCCACACACCCCGUGUGUGAAACCUAGGAACAACAGAGCUUCUAAAAUGGAGGUCAGCAGCUACCCCAUUUAUUUCAUGAAGGGAAGCUUUACAUCCCAUUAAAGUAAGCAACUACACAUAGAUCAAGAUUCCCCUUUAUGGUGAUAGCUUGUUAGCACAGUGGGAAUUCUGCUUAUUGUAUAUUGGAAUAAUUUUGCCUAUAGCUGAUCACUAGACCAAAGCAACAACUUAUUAAUGGGGUAUCUGCACUUAUUGGGUUUAAAAAAAUAAUAAUGUAUUUUUAAAUGGAUUCAAAGCCUGAGUUUUAUAUUAAUAUUUUCCCCAUCAAUAGAAUUCAGGUUUGUUAUAAAGUCACUUAAUUGUACAGCUAUCAAAGAUGUGCAUGCAUUCCUGUUUAAUUUUUUUUCUCCCUCCAGGGUAUUUAAAAUUGAUGAACUGAAAACCGACGUAGAUAAUCACUUGGCAAUGCUGGAGAAAAGAGUUGAAUGUGAGUAUUUUUAUUUUUAAAAAAACAUAGGCAAUUGAAACCUGGAAUUAAUUUUGUGUCAGUUUGAGACGGUGCUGAGCCCCAGAGGUACAGAUAUAUCUCAUUAGGACCAUUCCUCCUGCCUUUUAUCUUUUGUGAGGCACAAAACUAUAACGAAGAGGGAGGGGGUGAAUUUACAAAAUAUAGAAUUACUUGUUAAAGUAAAAGUCUCUAUUCACAUUUUGCAUCUUUCUGUUACAAGGAAUAUCUGGAAAGAAUUAUAUAGAGACCCACCUCCUGUAAUUGCACCCAGUUUGUAAAUCAAUCCAAUCCAUUAAACUGACUGGAAAGUCCCCAGACCAGGUUUAGGCUCCUGUGCAUGCUUGACAAAUGUAGCAAUCUAUGACACCCAUACAUCCUCCUUGAAUUAUGCCUCCUCUACCUUCUUCUUCCUACUUAUAUUUUUUUUUGGGGGGGUGAUGCUCUCAGGCUUCAUUCUCAUGCUGCUGCUCUCCCAGAUAUUAAAAGGGGAAUGGGAGCUGUGCUCCUAAGACUGCCCAUUUGCAGCACAAAAAUGCAUUUUGCUCAGUCCAGAAUUGUUCAUGCUUCUCCUCAACAUACUGCUUUCAGUCCAGAUUGAUUCGCUACAUCCUGCCACCCAGAAGGUUUAUUUGAUGCACAUUUGAAAAUUCUCCCUUUCAUUAGGACAUUCAGAAGGAAGUGGUGAUUACAACAUUGUUGAGCAGGUGUUAUUAUUGUACAGGCUGCUUUUGAUCUAGAUUUAUUCUAGAACCUGCCAUCUACAAUGGUGGGUGCGGCUACUUGAUACGUGUUUGAAAACCCUUCCGGUGGUUAGGUUACCCUCAUCGUUUCCUCCCUGCACUUUCCCCCAGAUGAAUGCAUAAGAAGCUGGUGGUUGCCAUCUUGGUAUACACUCAGCCAUAAUGCCAUUGGUCAAGUGUGAAUACACACAAACACCCCUAUUGCUGGGACUUCUUACACCUGUUUUCACCUGUUAUCAGCUGGGCACACUGUGGGGUAAUAAUGUAGAUUCAAUCUGUAACAACCUUUUAUUUUUGGAACGAAACCAGUUUCUCAAGAAGCACUUCUCAGGGCAAAAUAAAAAUUAAAAUGCAGUAGAUCAAGAUUGGUGGUUUGGGGCAACAAUAUAAUCCUCCUGACUCCUACCUGCUUUUCAUAGGCUGGCUACUUUCUGAAGCCUUCCCCCCAACCCCACCCCACAACUGCUGCUGAAACACCUAUAUAUUUCCUUUGAAGUUCUUAGUGAACUGGUGGUAACCAUUGGCAUGCACACGAAAGCUUAUACCCAGAACAAACUUAGUUGGUCUCUAAGGUGCUACUGGACAAUUUUUUAAUUUACUCCGGGUAAGUAUUAGGUAGUCUAUUACCCUGAAUAUUCAGGAGGAGGAGGAGAGAGAGGCAAACAGCAGAGACAGGUUUUCAACCUUAUACAUCUUGCUUGCCAGUGUCAUUGUGGGAAGUAGGGGGACUAGAUAAUUAUAUGUACACAAUGAGAUAAGCAGACAGAACAGAGAGAGGGAGACUGGGGAAAGGGAGAAAGCUUCCUCAACAGUCUCCUGGUUGCUAAAUGUGGCAUAGUUCAUAGCCUGGCAGAUGGAACAAGGGUGGAGACAACAACAACAACCUUAAAACAUCACUGCCACUGCCACUGCCCACCUGAAUGUACAGCCAGAAUGAUACUGCAGCGUUUACUCAGGAGCAAGCCCUAUUACACUCAGUGGGACUUACCUCUGAGUAGACAUGGACUCAGAUACAUUCGUCACAUUAAUACGUUUUGAAUGCGUUAUAAGCAUAGAAGACCAGAUGGCGCCAGAGAGCAAAAGGGAGUUUGUAUGGAUUUUUACAUAGGCUUUUUUUGUGUGUGUAAUGAUUUCUGACAUAUUUAUAGCAUUUUUAACCUGUGUCUAGAUCCACCCAUGUAUAGGAUUGCAGUUUACAUUAACAAGUCACACAGUCUUGUGCCCACUAAGUCUCUGCCCACUAAGUUUAUGUCUCUACUGUACUAGGAGUUGCACCAGACAUCUUAGCCCCCUGAGGUAUCAGAACAUCUCAGCAUCAGAUUAAUAUCUGCUGUUCCAUGAGCUAGCUUUCUUAAAAAAUCAGGCCUCUCCUCAAAUGUAUAGUACACAAACAGUAUAUAUAUAUGCCUGAGGGAACGCAGGCAGGUAAUUGAAGAGAUUAGUUUAGCACUAUGAAAAGGAAAAUCCUUUGAAAACAUUUUGUUUACAAACACAGUGGAGACCACUGGGUGGUAUUCAGCUAAGUUUUACUGAGAGUAAUCCCACUGAAAUGAAUGAACCUAAUUUAGUUGUUGCCAUUAAUUUAAUGGGCCUGCUCUGUGUAAACCCUGGUUGAAUACCACCCAAUGUACCAAGAAUAAAAGGUAAAGGGACCCCUGACCAUUAGGUCCAGUCGUGGCUGACUCUGGGGUUGCAGCGCUCAUCUCGCUUUAUUGGCCAAGGGAGCUGGCGUACAGCUUCCGGGUCAUGUGGCCAGCAUGACUAAGCCGCUUCUGGCGAACCAGAGCAGCGCAUGGAAACGCCAUUUACCUUCCCACCGGAGUGGUACCUAUUUAUCUACUUGCACUUUGACGUGCUUUCGAACUGCUAGGUUGGCAGGAGCAGGGACCAAGCAACGGGAGCUCACCCCGUCACGGGGAUUCGAACCGCCGACCUUCUGAUCGGCAAGUCCUAGGCUCUGUGGUUUAACCCACAGCGCCAACUGCGUACCAAGAAUAGGUUGAUAUAUAACCUCUGUUCAUUUCCAUAUAGUUUGCAUAGGAGAAUCCAGUGCAAGCACACCCAGCAGACAAUUUUUCAUACAUACAGUCCUCUGCUACUGUUAUUUACAUGUGGAAAGGUAUGAUGGCUUAGCUCCCCAAAAUGAGAUUGUGGGUACUUUGGUGGUUCUGCUACUUUCCUGCACAGAGUAAAGCCAUGGUUUGACCUAGAGAUAAGGGCAAACAGGGCUGAUGUUUCCCACAGUCUUUCACAACUUGCUCUUCUUUAGCGUUCCUCUUUAAAACUGGGGGUGAGUGAAAUAAGUUUCACUUCAUUAAAGAGGUAAUAGUAAUUCCUGAAAGCAGAGGAUUUAUGAAGAAUGAACUGACAUACUGAUGGCAAACUUGGCUUGAUAGCAAUCAAGUUUGAUUUCAAUCAAGCCUGACUCAUUAAGACAUGUUUUCCUUUUUACACACUACCAUUUCGCAUUUCCUUUCUUCAUUCACCUAUUCAAAUGCAGCAAUCACAUUUGCAUGUAUUAUGGAAGCUUCUUCUUUUCAGACAAAUAUGAAAGCUUAAUGUCACCCCUGGGGCAAUUCCACUUGACGUGCAUUACACAACACAUGGGAGGAGCUCAGGAGGAUAUUUGCCUUUUUAUUAGUAGUAGUAGUAGUAGUAGUACCGUAUUUUUCGCCCUAUAGGGCGCACCGGCCCAUAGGGCACACUUAUUUUGGGGGGGGAUUAUUUCCCCCCCCCAAGCCCCAAAGAGCAAAGAAGCCAUGACAGCGAGCAGGAUGGAUUCCACUAGCUGUCCUGUCUUCGUUUUUAGCCUCGGGGCUGGGGGUCCGGGAGCGAUGGCGAGGUUGCGCUCAACCUCGCCGUCGCUCCCGGAGCUUGCAGGACUGGGGGCGGGGGAAGCCCGAGCUUCCCCCGACCCCAGCCCCCAGAACAGGCUGCUAUCCGCAAGCCUUUAGAGCCCGGCAGGAACUCCCGCUGGGCUCUCCAGGCUUGCAGAUAUCUGCCCGAAGCCCAGGGCGCGCCCUGCUGCACUCCCCGGGUAUCGGGCUGCAGGCUGCUGUCUGCAAGCCUUGGGAGCCCGACGGGAAGUCGUGCCGGGCUCCCAAGGCUUGUGGAGAGCUGCCCGAAGCCCAGGGUGCGCCCCGCUGCACUCCCCGGGUUUCGGGCUGCAGGCUGCUGUCCGCAAGCCUUGGGAGCCCGGCGGGAACUCCCGCAAGGCUCCCAAGGCUUGCGGAUAGCUUCCUGAAGCCUGCAUUCGCCCCAUAGGACGCACACACAUUUCCCCUUCAUUUUUGGAGGGGAAAAAGUGCAUCCUAUAGGGCGAAAAAUACGGUAGUUUAUUAAUGCUUGGUCCAUAGGCAAUUCACACAUAAGGUAGAUGGGUACAGUACGAAAACCAGUAGUAUAAAAUACUGCAUAACAUGUCAUUACUACCUAGAAUCAUAUAUAAAACCGACAUCUUGUGUUCCACAACACAUGGGAGUAGGAGGAUAUUGUCCAUUUUAUUAUGACUAAAUGAAUCCCAAUUAAACAAUUAUAAGUUUCCUAGGUACCAGCUUGAGCACAGCAAGCAAGCAGGCUGUGAAAUUAUCCUACUGAGUAUGGUGUACACUUAAUGCAGUGCCAUUUUUUUAAAGUCCUUAAGCGACCAGAUAGCAGAAAAAAGCCACUUAUCUAUUCAGAUUGUAUUAAGCUUUCAAGGCUACAUGAAAUGCAUUUCUUGCCACCUGGACACAUAACAAGUCAAACUUUUUGCCCUGUGCCAUACAUAUACAGGAACAGGAUUUCCUGUGCUGUUUUCAAACCCUGCUUGAUAUUUAAAGAACAGCAUCAUAUUUUCAAGUAAUUAUCAAGAACUGAAAUUACUUCCCAGUUCCCAGAUUAGGUUAUGAAUCUCACAGCUUCCUCUUUCAUGUCACCUGUUCAUUUAAUAGGGUGCUUUAAGCCCAGCAAAGCACGUUUGUCACAAUACAAUUACACCUCUUCUUAUUGUUAACAUAUCAUUGCAAUAGCUUUGUCAGGCACUUCCAUCUAUUCAUGUUCUGAGAGAGACUCUGAAAAACAGCAAGACAGCUAAAUAUUGCUGUGCGCUGCUCACAAUAGGUACCAUGACUGUGAGUUUUUUGGGGGGCUCUCCUAAAAUCUUGCCAGUUUUAAUGAUUUAUGAUGUUUGCCGUACAUGCCUGCAAAGGAACAGGUUUCGGACAGAAGGACCAUUGAGUCACUGGCAAACACCGCCGCUCGGUGCCUUUUGAAAAAUCUGCACAGUUACUGAAAUGAGAUCCUUCGGGUUUCUCCAUGGUAACCCCCCUGUUGUUUCACUUUGUUGACAGUGGAAGGACUGAAAGUAGCGGAGAUUGAAAAGUGUAAGAGUGAUAUUAAAAAGAUGAGGGAUGAAAUGGCAGCGAGAAGCACCAGGUAAGUUCUGCUUUUCUUUUCUUUUUCUUUCUUCUUUGAGGAAAACAGCCUCCUCAGAGAGAUUCCUGCGUUAAGACUCUUCCAGUAAUCCUAAGAAAGCUUACUUGGAAGUAAAUCACAUUGAGUUCAGUGAGGUUUACUCUCCCAGGUAAGUAUGAAUAGAAUUGCAGCCUAAUAAACAAAUUUGUAAUGCUUGAUGGUCUGGGGUUGUUGUUGUUGUUUUUAAAAAGCUGUAUAGUCCAACAGCAUGUAGUAUUAUGAGUUGCAGGGGGAGGUAGCCUGUAUGUAAGAUCCUUCUAAUUCAGGGGUAGGCAACCUAAGGCCCAUGGGCUGGAUGCGGUCCAAUCGCCUUCUAAAUCCGGCCCGUGGACAGUCCAGGAACCAGCAUGUUUUUACAUGAGUAGAUUGUGUCCUUUUAUUUAAAAUGCAUCUCUGGGUUAUUUGUGGGGCCUGCCUGGUGUUUUUACAUGAGUAGAAUGUGUGCUUUUAUUUAAAAUGCAUCUCUUUUGUGGGGCAUAGGAAUUUGUUCAUUUUUUUCUUCAAAAUACAGUCCAGCCCACCACAUGGUCUGAGGGAUGGUGGACCGGCCCACGACUGAAAAAAGGUUGCUGACCCCUGUUCUAAUUCCUAGAUCCAGCAUGGAUUCCAUUGCUGGAAUAGCCAGGCCAGCCUAGUAAUGGCCUGCUAUGUAUGAGUCAUUAAGGGAACAAAGGUAGUGUCUGUGUGCUGGAGAACAAUUGGGUGGGCCUCCCUCUCUCAACUGUCUGUUUGUUAGAAAGACAAACAGCCAGAGUGGAGAGUUGAGUGAAGUGAGCUAGAAGCUGGAUGAAAAAGCUGCAGGCUGGGAAGUCAGAGAAAGAGAGGCAUGGCUGAUUUCUCCUGGAAUCCAAGGCUGUGGCUAUUGAAGAAGCAAGACCUUCUUGGGAUGUUAAUUCUGUGAGCCCCUCCAUCGUCGGCUCAGGUUGUAUAUAUGUUUAAAUAAACCAUUUAUCAAAGAGAUACUGCAGUCUCUGCUGUGCCUCAUUUCUAAAAGGAACCACGGGACCUGGAUAAGUGCCAGGAACCCCUGGAAUCUCCCACAACUCGGAGAUUGAUGGGUGGUGUGCAACAAUACAUAUAUCUGAAUGAUACUUGUUUUAUUUAAACAGACAUGGCGACUUAAUGGUUAAACGAGCUCAUGCCAGAUGACUGGAAAAAUAACUCUCAUAGAGAGAUUAACAUCUUGGUUUCCCUAUGUUUACCCAUCCGGUAAUAAAGAAUUCUGGCCUUAGUUUUAUGCGUAGAACAAAAACUUAUUCUGCCAAGAAAAACAUUUGUUUGGUAAAGAGGCUCUCUUAUUUUAAACAGACCUGCUCAGAUAUGAAAUGUAAUCUGAGGAAAUAUCACAAUAUACACACAGCAACUCCUCUUGUUAUGGUCUUGUACUAUGCAAGGAUGUGCAUGCUAUAUUUUAACCCCAGAAGGAGGUAUUUCCUUUUCAGCGGAAGAAGCUAGUCUGCUAAUCUGAUGCGCUACCAAGUUUGGAGCUGCAAUUAAAACAGAAGCAGAAGCAAUCAUAGCUUGUAAUGGCAGGCCGCAGCAGCUGGUACAUUUCGGCUUCGCUGUCGCUGACACAUCAGAGCAAGCAUGUCGACAGCCAAUACAUGAUUAAAGUUGUUUAAGAAAAGAAGAUAGAAGCAGUUCAGAAGGCUGGUGCUGCUGGGCAAAGGCACGGCAGCUUUGCAAACUUCAGCCUGCUUAACUGUCCAAGCUUCCCCUAGGAAAACCUGGGAAUUAUAGUGCUGUGAUGUGGUCCAUGCUCACAAUGCAGAGGGUGCAUAAGGUGCUUAAGGAGUUCUUGAUGUCAUCAUUGAUGCAGGCGGCUUUUGCUAAAGUGUUACUUGUUUAUAUCUCACUAUAGAGCUGGACUGGACAAUUUCAGUUUCUCUCGCUUUCUUACUUCUCCAAUCUUGAGAAGCAAUAUUUCUGCAGCAAUAUGCCUUUUUCUAUCAUUUUAAAAAAAUAUAUAUCCUCACAAAAAUCCAUCAGCGUUUUGGUGCAGAUUUAUUUAUAAACACGUCUAAUAUACAUAGAUUUUUGCAAACAGCUUUUACAGAUAUAAUGCAUUUGUGUAUGCUACUUUUACGAAUUUAUGCAUUUUUAUGUGCACUUUCCCCUAAUAAGUGCAUGUUUGUACAUUUUGGUUGGAGAAUGAUGUCAUAAAAUUUGGAGAAAUGCGAAUUUUGAAGGGCAACUGUGUUUUGGUUCACAUAUUGGUUUGAGAAGUGCAAAUUAGCUACUGUCUCAUUCAAAUGCAAAUAAAAUUAUAUUUCUCUCUCAUCCCUACUAAAGAGGUACAACAUGCGUGUGUUUGAUCUGGAGAAGAAGUCUUCAGUUUUCCCCUUUUGGACACUGACUUUUUCUCACCACCUGUUUUCUCCCUUGUUGCUUUUUUCCCAGAAAGAAAGAAAGUAAUAAUGAAGUUGCGUCUAUUGUUAAUAUUGUCUACUACAGUGGUACCUCGCGUUAAGUACUUAAUUCAUUCCGGAGGUCCGUUCUUAACCUGAAAUUGUUCUUAACCUGAGGCACCACUUUAGCUAAUGGGGCCUCCUGCUGCCGCCGGGCCGCCGGAGCCCAAUUUCUGUUCUUAUCCUGAAGCAAAGUUCUUAACCUGAAGCACUAUUUCUGGGUUAGCGGAGUGUGUAACCGGAAGCAUAUGUAACCUGAAGCGUAUGUAACCCGAGGUACCACCGUAAUUCCUUUUAGCAGAAGCUAAACUCGACUACUCUAGAAUUCUAAAACCUGGCUACUUCAUGAUUCCACCUCAAAGUUCCCCUAACCCUUCUUCCUCCACAACUUCUUUUAUUUGCAUCAAUAUUUCCAGGGCUUACACAGUUGAGUCACUUACAUUUUGCAUUUAUUAAAUAAAAAAGCCUGUAAUUCUGAGAGGCCCCAAAGUACAAGCAGCGUGCCUCCUGAAAUUUACUGACAGGAUGCAGGACGGGGGGGGGGGGGGGAGAGAGAGAAGCGAGAGAGAUGAAAUAAGCAGAUCCAUGAGGCAUCUUGAGGCAGCCACAUCUGAGGGGCCCCUCUGUGGGAACACCCACCCACCUACCCAUACCACUGCUGCCAAUGAAGCGAGGAGAAGCCGCAGUGGCGGCUUCCGGGUUCCAGCAAGAUAUUGUGAGAGGCCUCCACAAGCUCUCGCUGGGGUCUCAUGAGAUCUUGCUGGAAGCUGGAAGCAGAAGGCACACAAUCCCGGUAGGAGAGGUUUCAGGUGACAAAAGGGGAUGAGCUGCCCCUAGUAAUGAGAAAAGAACAGUGUCAGGAUCAUUGAGCAUCUGUUGAGGCCUACACUCUAGCAACCCCUGGAGCUCUCUGCUACUCUCUCCUCCUCCUUGUUGUCACUGCCUUUUAACCUGCCUUCUCUGAGAAAGUGAGCAGCGAGUGGUGGAAGAAAGAGUGCAGCAGCUUGCCUUGCCUUGCCUUCUCUGUCUAGGUGCAGGUUGGACUCAAAGGGAGAGGGGAUCUGGACGGGCAGGGGCAACACCAGAAGGUAUGAGCAUCUUGUACAUGGACCCCACAGAAUCUGACCCCACACUGGACAAUACGUGGAGAAAAGAGGUCACUAAGUGACUGAAAAGUGAACAUAGGAUAUAAGAGAGGCUGUACCACAGGAAAAAGCAAGGCGGCUGCUAGACUGAUCCAGAAAAUGAGUCUUUUGCUAGCCUAAAACUGAGGGCCAUCCUUUCCCCUUUCAUUCAAAACACCGAAUCAAUAGCCACAGGUUUGGCAUUUUACCCAGAACUUAAAUCUAGCUGGUUGUUCUAAGUAGCUAGAAAAAGAGCCUUGCUUUGCAAAGAUACACAUGAUUGCAGCUGAUGUUCCUUCACCCCUAAUUAUUACUUGUCAAGUGGAGCAUAAUUUCAGCUCAGAUUCUACUGGUUCAACUUGUACUCCACCAACUUUCUUGAAGCUUUGAGAGGAUGAAUAAGCCAAAGUGCACACAUUUGUCAUACAGUAUGUUCGCUUCCUCAAUUGAAGCAAUAAAACCUGUUUCCAUUUUCACAAUCCAGAUUUCAAGCCUGGUUCUGAGGUGUUUAAAUGGGCACAUCUUGGGGAUCUGGUCUGACAAUGGAUAGCACAUAACGCCUCCCCCAAAUUGGCCACUUCUGAGUAUUUCUAUAAUCCACUGGGCCUUUCGCUUAAGAAAAGAAAAAAUGAUGCUGCGUCUGACAGCACGUAUAAUUUUGCUUUCAGGAAAAGGUGUUAGCCUAUGUCCCUCUAAACGGCAUUCACUUUCACACUCCAUCUUUUCUUUUCUUCCUAUUUCACAAAGAUCAGUGUAAAACACUGGCCAUAUUCUCCUCUCACCUCCCCACCUUCACAGUUAAGACCACAUUCUUAAAACAUCACAGCUUCUAAAGUUUGCACUGUAUCCCACCCACUGCCAUUUGCAGCCUAAGCAGAUGGCUUUUGCAUUAGCUGGGCCUGAGACAUCGCAACAAACCUUGUCAGUAUACUCCAGAUUGCUGGGGGCCUUUCAUUUAUUCCGUUGCAUGAAAGGAAAAGGAUGUGCUCUGUGUGUGUGGCAUUCGUCCUGAAGGAAGACCUCCGUAGAAUUCAGUGAUUAAAAUUACAAGUAGCUUUGAGUUUCCUAGGCAACGUGGCUCCAGCUGUUUGAAGUGAGGGCAUAAGCCAAUGUUGACUUACUGCAGAAGGGUCUUGAUCCUUGAGUCGCUAAGCAAAUACUCGUCUCAAGAGUUGGACUGAAAGACUUCCGAUACACAAUGCUGAGGAUUCAUUUUUCUGCUUUGAAUUCUCUUGUUCCAAUGCUCUCUCUGUUUUCUUUAAUACAUCUGCGCUCUAAUUGGGGAAGGAAGAGAAAUAUGAUUCAGUUUGCAUUUAAAGGUGAACCUAAUUCACUAUGUUUGAAACAAUAUUCAAACCAAAACACAGCCAUCCUUUGGAUUCUAUACUUCUCCAAAUUUUGCAUUGCAGUUCUCCAGCCAAAAAUGCAUAUAUGCAUAUACUAGGGUAAAGUUCGUUUUUUUAAAAAAAUAUGAUUACUUUAAAGGGCAUAUGAUUCAUAUAUUUGUGUAAAUAGCAUACAAAAUGCAUUACAUUGGGGGAAAGUGCUUUGCAUACAUGAGCAUAUUAAUGCAAAAUUGCAUACAAAAACAUAUAUAUUAGAAGAAAUUCACACUGAAAUCCUGAGAUUCUCAUGAGGACUUAAAAAAGAAAGUGAUGUGGAAAAAUGAGAAACUUUGAGAAACUGAAAUUGGCAGUUGUCUCCAUGCCUAGCCCUAACCAACAGAAGAUGACAAAGUUGCCAACUGCCCACUAGGUUCUAAUCUGACCAACAGGCCUAGUAUGCCUUCAAGGGGAACAUGACAAGCAGAAAUUUGAGUGUAGAUCUCUCUCUCCCUCAGGUUUGAGAUGUGGUGAUUUGGAAAGCUGUGCCUUAUAGAAUUUCAGCCUCAUAAUUCAGCAAAAAGUCAGGAAACCCAGGGAACAAAUGAUAUUACUCUUACUUUUCAUUCCAGUAGGCUAAAUUUCUGCCACUUAAAAGUUAAAGAGGUUUCUACACACACAGCACAUCUCUGUGUCCUCUAUCUGGACUUGCAAGAGGCAUUAUCAAAGUUCAGAGAUACUGUACAUUCCUGCCAGGCAAAAGCACCAUGAGGACCUGGAGCAGGGCUGGUGAGGGGUGUGGCCUAAGGGGAAGGGGUCUGGCCUGGGAAAAAUUCAAAGGGCUAGAGACCUGUACAGUGGUACCUCUGGUUGUGAACGGGAUCCGUUCCAGAGCCCCGUUCACAACCUGAGAGGAACGCAAUCUGUGUCUGCGCGUGCGCGGGUUGCAAUUUGCGCAGGACGUCAUUUUUAGCAUCUGUGCAUGCGUGAGUGGCGAAACCCGGAGGUAACCCAUUCCGUUACUUCCGUGUCGCUGUGGGACGCAACCUGAAAAGAUUAAACCUGAAGCGUCUUUAACUCAAGGUAUGACUGUACUGUCACAUUUGGCCCCUUGACCUGAGACUCCUCAUUGUUAUAUUAGGGAAUAAGUCCUACUGAACUCAGUCAAACUUAUUUUUGAGUAGAAGUGCAUAGGUUUGUGCAGCAUGCGCUAUAAUGUAAGUAUACAUCCACUGGUGGAGGAAUGGGGGGGAGCGCACCGCCCACAGCGGCACAAUCCCGGUAGGGUGCCAUCGUGGCUGUCCCCCCAUGCUGGGCGUCACACCCCCGUAGGUAACGCGCCACGCCCCCAGGAUGCACGCCACGCCCCCGCCUGCACUCCACCCCUCCCCCCCCCUUGAAGUUCCGCCACUGUAUGAAAGGGGCUCCAUUUCUCCUGCCGCUUCACUGAAGGGGCGCUGAGCAGAGAGAGGGAGAAAUUUUUUUUCCUGUUCUCCCCCUCCUAUGUUCUGGUGCGUCCUAUGGUCCAGUGCGUCCUAUAGAGCAAAAAAUACAGCAUACAGCACAUCUCUUGAUUUUUGUGGUAUUUUAGGGUUUUGUUUUUUCACAUUAAAAAACGGGUUCCUGCGUGCUCAGCGUGGGUUGACCAUGUUUUUCCUGUGACGCUUAAAGGACAUUUUCAUGUCUGAAAAUACCUGGUAGAAACAUCUCCCAAGAGUUUUGAUCCCUUAUGAAUGGAUGUGCAAAUUCCCUUCAAAUACAACAUUACAGGAGAAGACACGGUUGAUUUAGAGUUUCAGUGUAAUGUGCGGAAAUGGCCAGCUUUCUCUAGAUUGUGUUCCAUGGUUUCAAAUUCAGUAUAAUAGUAUUUUGCACGGCUGCAGCAUUUCUGAUUUUGCUUUGUGGAUCCAAAGGUGAAAAUCGUUUGGUCGGUUGGUACUGAAAAUCAGUUUAUUCAUAUUUGCUUGGAAAAAUAUAUACAAAAGGUAAAGAGGGCUGGAUUUUGUUUUCUUACACAGGACCAACUGCCCCUGUAAAUACAGCUUCCUGGAUGAGAGCAAGAGGCUGGUGCCCCGAAGGGAUGUUCCAUCCUAUCCCAAGGUACACUGCAGCACAUAAGAAUUCAAAAAUCUGUUUUACAGAGCAGAUAAUCACGUUAGUUAAAAAAUCCUUUCCAUCCCUCGUUUAUUAUGAAAACAUUUUCUACUCAAAUGCUACCUAGAUUUUCUCCAUAAAAUCUCAUAUUAAAGUUUCCAUUUACUUUGCUACAGGUGAUGGUUAGAUUCCAUUGCUCCCAUGCUGAUAUAAAAUAUUUAAAUCAACAAAUUAUUAUUCUUCUAUUAUUAUUAUUAUUAUUAUUAUUAUUAUUUAUUAAAUUUGUAUACUGCCUUUCAUUCAAAGAUUUUAGGGCCGUUUGCGGCAUCAAAUGCAGAAUAAAACAUAACAAAAACAAAACUUUCCCAUCACCCCCUCCCACAAACACUCUUAAAGGGACAAAUCAAUUACAAGUCACAUAUCUAUGAAAGAUAGUCCCCUGAUUUAUUUAUUUUUUUAAAAAAAAUAUGUUGAGUUCCUAUUCUAAGUAGUAUGUUUGGGCUGAUAGAUGCUCAAAGGGGUACGUUUCACCAUACUUUGAAGUGCUAAGGAGACACACACUUGCUAUUUUAUUUUAAUAACUGAGGCACUUGAAAGACACAUUUAGCAUCACAUCUCGCUUGGCCCUAAUGCUAUCUUUCUCAAGCUCCUUGUAGUUACUUCAUGGUGAGGGGAAGGACCAAGGGUGCAGUGUCGGUUGUCGGUGCCUAGGGUGGGUGUGGAUGCAUACGGUUUGUGUGCUGGGGGGGGGGGAGCCCAACCCUCACUGCCAUCAGAGCGACCCCACCCCCACUGGAGCAAAGUGGGGUCAUACUGAGCCGCCUGUGCAGAGGGAGAGGCUGCCCAGCUGAUACAGCCCUUAGUGGAUGGAGAUGAGGCCUGGACCAGGCUGUGCUAGGACAUCUGGUUCAUGCCCUCCACAAAAAUUGUGCACCUGCAACCAUAGUCCCCCUGUGCGCCCCCCCCCCCACUAAGCCCCUGGGACAGACAGUGCAAAACCUCAAAGACACUGUUAUAAUUCAUAUAUUUGGGGGUUGUUGCCUGGACUACACCCUCAGUUAGCUCUGGUUCAAGUGAAAUCCUAUACAGAGGGUAGGUUAGUUACUUACUUAUUGAAUUUAUUGAGCUGAGUCAUGAAGAUGGGUGACUGACAAGAGAAAAUAUGAAGCGGGUGUUGUUGAGAAUCGUAUUUCAUAACAAUGCCUCAUUUUCUCUGCAGUACAUGCUUUCUCAGGAGACAAUAGAAGCUCUUCGGAAACCAACCUUUGACGUCUGGCUAUGGGAGCCCAAUGAGGUAAUGCUGCCCCAUGGAGACAGAUUCCUGGUCCCUCCUUUCUGUGGGAUGUUUGUUCUGUGGGACUCUUAGGAGCAUUUGAGAAUUGGAACCUAGACAUGGUUGUGUUACAGAAACCAGAAUGAAAAUGUACAGAUAAAUACAAAGUGCUCUUCAAAGAAAUGAAAACUCUAAGAAGGCUUAUUCUAUAAAUAAAUGCAACCAAAAAAAUGCUAAGUACUGGAACUAAUCAGAGCAGCGGAGCAUGUUAAAAGUACCAUAAUGUGAGUAGACACCUACUGUAUCUCAAAACCAGGUCCAUUCACAUAAUAAACAAUAGGUAAAGCAGGAAUUUCUCCAGACAGCAGAUAAGCAAAAAGCACAAUUUACUAAUCAGAUCAGUAUUUUUUUACCUUAAUGCGGUUCAACUAAGAAUUCUAUAACAGAGGUCUUUCCCAUUAUCGUUUGUACUUUGAAGUAUACUUGGUUUUGAGAAUGUCUUUUUACCCAAAAGCCUUUCUGUAGCUAAUUAUGGACUACAAAAAAGUGACUCACUUUGCAAAUGAAAGGGGAAAUCUGAUUUGUACUAAUUUGAAUAAAAAGUUGGGUUCAGGCAAUCACUGAAAAUGAAAAGUCUGUAUAUUAUUUUCAUUGUAUUUUAUUUUUAAGGCUUGCUAGAUUAGUGUCAUUUGCCUUAUUUGUUGUUGGGUUUCUAACCAGAAUGACUCUGUAAUGAAUUUACAAAAGGAGCUAUUCUAGCUAAUCAUCAGAAUGCAAACAACUCAUGGAAAAGUGGAAUGUGCACCAUAUUUUCAUUUUUAAGAUCUGCAAAACUGAUGUAGCAGCUUCAUCAUAUUUGUUCAUGUCUUUAUAAUUGCCAUGAGUUUGCACGAGGAUCAGUUUGCUAUGACAAUUCUCCUGUGACAAUUUUAGUUUAACAAAGCUGUCUCUCUUUUUUAUGACAUCUUUUCGAAAAUAGUUGGGGGAGGGGACAAACAGAAAACAGAAAAAAAUAUUUUCCUAGAUUGCCUUAUUGGUGGUACAGACAGCAAAUCACAUAAUUAGAUACAAGUUGCUAGUAACACAACAUAUGUCAUCUUUAUGCUCAGGAGCAAUUGCAUAAACCAUUAUGUGAACAGUGUCACAGCCUCAUUUGGAUAGGUUCACCUUUUUGUUUAUUUGAAGUUUAUAUGAGGUGUUUCAAUUCACGUUACCACUUUCCCAGGUUUGUGUGGUGCAUUUUUAAUAGUGUUAUAAAUCACAGCCCUGUUGCAUCAUUACAAUGCAAAGCAAGAACACAACAGCCUUCCGUAAAGUGUCUUUAGAAUUAGCCCUUUGCAUUCUACCUCCCUCUAUAGCUCUCCUAAUGUGGCAUGUUAAAGGACAAAAAUAUAGUAGUGUUGCCUGUGAUGGACUGCAGGGAAGGAGAUGUACUUUCAGCUCAAAUGCUGGCUCACCAGAAUUCAGCACUGGAAAGAAAGAAAGACAUGGCCUAUGUUUGUUGUCUUAAUAUAGUUUUUUCCUUGUGUAUGUGCUGGUGUGUGCAGCUACACAGCUAUGUUUGCUGCAUGGAGAAUGCAAGGUUAAAGAAGCUACAGGAAGACAUCCAAGUUUUAGGCAAGGCUUGGCUUAGAAUGCUUGUUUCCAACUGCUAUUAUCUCUGCUGCUGUUCUUCUUUGCACUUAGAGCAGUUGCGGAGGGACGCGGGUGGCACUGUGGGUUAAACCACAGAGCCUAGGACUUGCCAAUCAGAAGGUCGACAGUUCGAAUCCCCGCAACGGGGUGAGCUCCCGUUGCUUGGUCCCUGCUCCUGCCAACCUAGCAGUUUGAAAGCACGUCAAAGUGCAAGUAGAUAAAUAGGUACCACUCCGGCGGGAAGGUAAACGGCGUUUCCGUGUGCUGCUCUGAUUCGCCAGAAGUGGCUUAGUCAUGCUGGCCCUAUGACCCGAAAGCUGUACGCUGGCUGCCUCGGCCAAUAAAGCGAGAUGAGCGCCACAACCCCAGAGUCGGCCACAACUGGACCUAAUGGUCAGGGGUCCCUUUACCUUUACCUUAGAGAACCUUUCGCCCUCCAGACGUUGCUGACCUGCAACUCUCCUCAGCCCUAGCAAGCAUGGGCAAUGCCUCGGGAUGGUGGGAGUUGUAGUUCAGCAAUAUCUGGAGGCCCAAAGGUUCCCCUCACCUGACUUACUGAGUGUGAUUCAAAGUCUUCAUAGAAUUUGCCAUGGACUAAUGAGCAAGAUUACUUAUAGGUUUUUAUUUCAUGCAGCAAGUGAUUGGGUUGGACAUUUUGGUCCUUCGGUCACAAAUGAAGCUAAAGUAGGAAUUGCUCAGUCCGCAGAACAUGAGACUCUUAAUCUCAAGGUUGUGGGUUCUGCCGUGUUGGGCAAAAGAUUUCUGCAUUGCAGGGGGUUAGACAAGUUGACUUUCAUGGUCCCUUCCAUAUGUACAAUUCUAUUAUUCUCUUCCAUUAAAAAUAAGAAAUAGUCAUGCCUCAGUUUUUUAUAGAUAUGGGUUUGUAUCCUCUGUGAUGGUUAGAUUUCAUUCCUAAGGGCUUUGGGUGAACAAUGUAUCGUUAUGUUUUUAAACCUCAGUUUUUGGCCUCAGAGAUAAUGACUUGUUCAUCUAGAUUACCCAAUGAAUUCACAAAUUAAGCAUCCCAUUUCUAAAUUCAGCAUUCUAGAUGAAUUCAGCAGUGCUUUUAAGUCACAGACUUAAGUGUCUGAUGUGUUAGUGAUGUACACUAGUGAAAAUAAUGUAAUAAUAGGAGAAUUCUUUCUUUUCUUCUCCAGAUGCUGAGUUGUUUAGAACAUAUGUAUCAUGAUUUAGGAUUAGUGAAAGACUUUAACAUCAACCCUAUCACAUUGAAGCGAUGGCUGGUAAGAUUUAAAGAGCAACUUGUAUGGGAUUUAAAAUAUUUGUGGUUUUUUUAAAAAAUGGGCAUAUAGUCUCAUAUAUUUAAAGAUUUUUUAAAAAUGUGUAAGCAGAGUAUAAUGAACACUUGUCCAACACAUAAAGUAUAUAGAAUACAUAUUAUUCUUAGAACAAAAGGAUUGCCAUUCUGACACCAUCCAAUACUGACAUCAGUCAAUCCCUUCUUUAAACAAAAAACUUAAAUAAGCAACCCAAUCAACAGUUGUAUCCAAAUUAAAAUGCCUGGUGUCAAGUGGCAACAUUUAUUAUUAGUAUCAACAAUAAUAACAACAAGAAGAAGCUUAUCAUCAAAAGUAUGACUUGUUUAUCUGAAAAGUCUCAUAUGCCAUCAAUUUGCAUCACUUUUGCUUUGAGCUGUAUCCAUUAAUUAAACUUAGCUUGCAUUCGCAACAACAUCCAAAUGAGCUGAAAAAUCAUUCAACAAUUAUACUACCUAAUGAGCAACUUUAUAAAGAUAAAAAAAUAAUACCUGCCUGCGCCCUGUCUCACCAGAGUGGUGCAUGCUCUGGUUCUCUCUCGCUUGGACUACUGCAGUGCGCUCUAUGUGGGGCUACCUUUGAAGGUGACUCAGAAAGUACAACUAAUCCAGAAUGCGGCAGCUAGACUGGUGACUGGGAGUGGCUGCUGAGACCAUAUAAUGCCGGUCCUGAAAGACCUACAUUGGCUCCCAGUACGUUCCCGAGCACAAUUCAAAGUGUUGGUGCUGACCUUUAAAGCAGUAAACAGCCUCGGUCCAGUAUACCUGAAGGAGCGUCUCCACCCCCAUUGUUCUGUAACCAAUAAAGUUGUGGCCUAAAUUCACCCAUUAACCUAAAAUACUGGUGCUGUCCAUGUGUCUCAUUAUUCAGAAAAUGGGGGAGGGCUUGGGGCCUUGACACACAAUGUCAUGGAAAGGAACAAAACGGGUGCACAACUUGGUAUUUACAUCAAUAUUUUAACUCUUUACCUACAUGGUGGAGGUCACAGUGCCAAUGGGAGGGGGAGUGUCCAAAACUGAGAAAAACAAAAAAGUGGGCACAGCAGCAACAGGGGAGAGGGGAGAAGAAGAAAUAAGAGGAAGAGUCAACCUUCUCCUUAUUUCUGCAGGGCCCAGUUACCUUAUUAGCAUGGCAUGGGCUUGUAAAGCACAGAUUCCAAGGGGCUAUAAUUAUAGCAUCAAAGUGUUGGUUGGGAGGAUUAAAUGCCAAAUGCUUGUUUUCCUUAUAAAUUUCUCCCUUUUUGUUUUAGCUGUGUAUUCAUGACAAUUACAGAAACAAUCCAUUCCAUAAUUUUCGACAUUGCUUCUGCGUUACCCAGAUGAUGUACAGCAUGAUCUCUCUCUGCAGUCUCCAGGUGUGUCUUUCUCUGGCUGCAUUGGCUUUCUCUCUCUCUAGUCCUCCCCACACACACAUUGUGAAAUCAAUAGUCUUCUACCUGUAAUAAUGUAUUUUAUCCAGAAGUGAUGGUUGUUGAUUAUUGAAAGACAUGUAGUUGUGCCAGGGAAGCCACCAUUUUUAAUCUGUUGGCAUUUGAAAGGAGAACCAAAGGGUGAAUGAAAUUAGUUGGGAUAGCUUGGUAGGUAGAGCAUGGGACUCUUAAUUUCAGGGUCAUGGGUUCGAGCCCCACUUUGGGCAAAAGAUUCCUGCAUUGCAGGGGGUUGGACCAGAUGGUCUUCAUGGUCCCUUCCACCCUACAAUUCUAUGAACUGAAACAUAGAAAUCUUGGCAAGUGCAGGAGUUCCUGAAUAUGUAAACCUGGAAUGCUCCAUGAGAGGUUGUAGGCCCACAGCAUAAUUCUGAUUGGGCUCCACACCUUACUGAAGCUCCCACGAGGUUUGAAAUACAUUUAACUCAGUGGUUCCCAACCUUGUUUUGGCCAUGCCCCACCUAAGCAUCUCUAAAAUCCUGAUUCCCAGCCCCUGUGAACUCCUAUUCAGGUGUGGGAAGCCUAAAAGGUCAUUUGCUGUCAUUCUCAAAUCGCCCCGCUUAAAAAUCAAAUUGGCCCCCUGUGGGGUGUGUGCCCCACCUUGGGAACCACAGAUUUAACUAGAUGAUACCCCAAAUACAUGAUUGCAUUGUAUGUUUUGAGAGAGAGAGAGAGAGAGAGAGAGAGAUAUUUUUAAAAUGGCAGCAGUGGUGGACCCUGAUCCAGAUCAGAACCAUGGCAAGGGAGAGGGGGAUUAACUCCUGCUCUUUGCCAUUUUCCCCAAUGAACACCGUCCCCUAGCUGCUGCUUGUGCCCGUAGUUGUUAACUCCCAAGGCAAAUAGCAUAAUCAAUCCCAUUGCACUGUCCAACUCAGAAUCAGGGCUCCCUGCAGCUGCUUUUUAAAAAUGACAAUACUAUAUGGCAUAUUUAACUUAUCUAUCUUGGCUUCCUCUUCCAUCCAGCUUCAGUGUGGACAAAGUGCCUUAACUUCUUCUUGCACCUAAGUCGGAGGAAGGGCUACCAAGGCGGUACUUCUGCCCUUGCUGAAGUUGGUAGGAAGGUAAAGGCAAGGAACUUUGGCCUUCAUGUUGUCCUCCCCUGUACAGCAAAACUGGCAAUGGUGUCUAGCUAGUGACGAUCCAAACCUGAACAGCUUGAUUGUGGGUGGUUUUUCCCCUCCCUGCCUAGUUAGACACAAUAUUAGGAAACUGAUCCUUGCGAAUAAAAGCAAUAUUUGGGUUCUUACCUCUGCUGGGUGGAGGUCAAAUUUUCAUAAACAGAUUAAGUGGCCUAUAAUCAAGACAACCAACAGCAGUCUGUGGCUAAAAUCAACCGGCAUUAUUUAUUCAAGUAGGCCCUGGUUGUUAUCCCAAGCAAAGAAUAGACCCUAAGCCUUUAUUCUUCACACUUCUCUUCCAAGCUCAAGUAGUGCAUGAAAUGCCAAAAUAAAUAGCUUUUUAUAAUUAACACAAAUCUUGGCAUAAUUUCUUACAAGAUGAGAAACCUUUGACUUUAAAUUAAAUUUAUCCACUGUUGUGCAAACUCCAGUUUCUCUAUUCCAUCCUGUUGUUAAUUAUGCAUCAAAGGCAAGGUUGAAGACUUCACUGUUGUUGUCAUUAUAGAUUUAGUCUAAGUUGCAAUGCAUGUAGUUAUUAAACUGUGCCCUGAACCCUAGUUAGAACCGCACAUUUUAAAAUGUUAGAUAUGAUUUCUUUAUUAUAAAAGCUGUUUGAAUUUAUGAAGCUGCAUUUUCUUCUUCUUCCUGCUUAGGUAAAGCUUUCUCAAAUGGAUAUCUUAAUACUAAUGACUGCAUCAGUGUGUCAUGAUCUGGAUCACCCAGGAUAUAACAACACGUAUGUAUCCUUUUUGUGUGUGAAAAUAAUGAUUAGGAAUGUAAAGUACUAGCAGGAAGUGCUGCCCAGGAUAGUGUAAUUUGUGAGUUUGGGAACAUCACACACAAAAAUUGGCAGAGUCACGCCAUCUCUGCCCAACAUCAAAACAUCAAUGAAGACUGCUGCCCCCACUUCAUGAAUUUGCAUGCCAUAUUUGACAGUGAUGUUAUAAAGAGGCGGCUGAACCUAUAAAUAACAGGUGGACAGACAGACAAACCACUUUCCAAAAUUUAUAGUAGAUAUUCGGGCAAAUGCAGACCAAAAAUAAAACCUGAGAAAUUUCUUUUGGCAUGAACUUUCUUGAGAUAGAGCUACCUUUGACAUGCACCUGACAGGGUGGGCUCUGGAUCAGAAAAGCUUAUGCCACACAUUGUUUAUGUUUUUAAGGGUACCACACAAAACCCUUCAAGGUUUUGUUACAAGAACAGACUAACAUGACUAUCCCUUUGGAGUUUGUCUCAUUUAAAAAAGGCUUCACUUGGAUGUGGGAAAGGCUCUCACAUCUAGGAGUUCAGAAUCCCACAAAUUUCAAAUUGCCUUCAAACUACAGAUGAGCACCUUCCCUUUGGGCUGCUUGUGCAUUUCUUUCUAUGUGUUUCCUCCACACCAGGUACCAAAUUAAUGCACGGACGGAGCUUGCUGUGCGCUACAAUGACAUUUCCCCGCUGGAGAACCAUCACUGUGCUGUGGCUUUCCAGAUCCUUGCGCAGCCAGAAUGUAACAUUUUGUCCCAUGUUGAUAAGGAGCAGUUCAAACGGAUUAGGCAGGUAUGGGUCAGAAAGAUGUGGCAAAGUUCCUGUAAAUGUGUAUUAUUGUCAGAGAGCAUCAGCUAUUAUUAAUGAAAUGCCUGGCCUCAGUCAUGAGACAUGUGGAGAAAACGUAAAGUACAGUGGUACCUCAGGUUACGAACUUAAUUUAAGCCGGAGGUCCAUUCUCAACCUGAAACUGUUCUUAAACUGAGGUGCGCUUUCACUAAUGGGACCUCCCGCUGCUGCCGUGCCACCGGCGCACGAUUUCCUUUCUCAUUCUGGGGCAAAGUUUGUAACCCAAGGUACUACUUCCAGGUUAGCAGAGUUUGUAACCCGAAGGUUUGUAAUCCGAAGUGUUUGUAACCCGAGGUAGCACUGUAUAAAGUGCCUAUGAGCUUCUCCAGAGUGAUUGCCACCAUUCAAAACCUUUACAACCAGACCCCCAAAAUCUAUAAUUAGGUCAAAUUGAUAGGCAGUCUUAAACCUCAGCAUCUCUUAUUUUAGAAAUUAAGCAUUGGUUGUGGUUUGAGAAAAUAAGCCAAACCUGGUGAAAUAAGCACCUGCCAUAUCAUGGUCACAAACUGCUCUUUUAUAUUGUGGUCUUCUGGUGUUCUUGUUUUGAUUCUUUUAAAAAAAUGUACUUAUAACUUUCUGUAAAGCUCUGAGAACCUGUUGAAGGUCAGGAUAUAAAUAAAAUAAAGGACGCAGGUAGCACUGCGGUCUAAAUCACUGAACCUCUUUGGCUUGCCGAUUGGAAGGUCAUCAGUUCGAAUUUGCGCGACAGGGUGAGAUCCCAUUGCUUUCUCCCAGCUUCUACCAACCUAGGCGUUUGAAAGCAAACCAGUGCAAGUAGAUAAAUAGGUACCACUGCAGCGGGAAGGUAAACGGCGUUUCCAUGCACUCUGGUUUCUGUCACAGUGUCCUGUUACGGUAGAAGCAGUUUAGUCAUGCUGGCCACAUGACCCAGAAAGCUGUCUGUGGACAAACACCAGCUCCCUUGGCCUGAAAGCGAGAUGAGCGCCACACCCCAUAAUUGCCUUUGACUGGACUCAGCUGUCCAGGGGUCUUUUACCUUUUUUCUAUAAAUAAAAUAAAUGUAUUUCCCCACCAAUUUGAAUAUCGCAUGUGCCUUGAUCAAAUUGCCUAAGAACACUGAUACAUUUUUUCAGUGUUGCAGCUCUUGGUUUUAAACACCAAAUGUUUUCAUUUUUGUAAAAGCAACCUUGGGGACUCCCAAUUCUGAAUCAGGGGCAUAGUAAGGAAGGUCAUAUCUUUCCCUCCUUGCACCUUGGCCCCAGUCUAGAACACACACAGUAGCUAUUAGCUAUGGGGAAGGAAACUUAAAAGCUUGACAAAUUAAGCCCACAGGUUUCCCAUUGUGUGGCUAAGAGCAGUUCUACGGAGCAUCUGAACUGAGGCUUCUCAGUGUGCCUCUCCUUUCCAAAAGAAAAAACAAAUGUGCAGCUUGGUUUUUAUCUCUAGAAUUUUCUCCUGCUCCCCAGCAUCUUCGUAGAGUCCCAAAAAAAGUGUGAGAACUUGGUACAAAACUGUUAAAUGGGUAAAUUGUUGGAGUGGAGGGGAAGCAUAGGCGAAGUAGUGGCAUUUCCACCUUAAGAAAUAUAAACGUCUUACAAUAUUGUUGGUUGGUUUGUUUCACAUAGGGGAUAAUUACAUUAAUCCUAGCAACAGACAUGGCAAGGCACGCUGAAAUUUUGGACGCUUUCAAAGAAAUACUGGAGAAGUUUGACUAUUCAAAUGAGGAGCAUGUGACCCAGGUAAGACAAUAUUCUCUGUUUUCAGAUGUUAAAGGGGGGCAAAGUGGGGGACAGGAACAACAGCCUGAGUCAAACAAUGCCAGUGUGGAGGCACCAAUGGGGGGACGUCACAGGACAUGUCAUGUAGCAGGAGUAGGAGCUGAAAGUUCAGCACAAAUACAGUACAAAUGCACUUUAAUAGCAAGAGCAGCUUGUUGCUGUGUAUAGCCACAGCCUAAUGCCAGGCUGGAGGUGCCCCUAUUUUCAGUGCUGACAUCUCACUGAGAAAUGAAGGAAACAUUGCCCGGUAAUAAGUGCAGGUAAACAUGGCAGAUUUCUUACCACACUGUAAAAUGCUCUCCUCCUUUCAGCUAAAGAUGGUCCUGAUCAAAUGCUGUGAUAUCUCCAAUGAAGUUCGCCCAAUGGAAGUGGCAGAGCCAUGGGUAGACUGCUUAUUAGAGGAGUAUUUUAUGCAGGUAAGGGUACACCCAGUGGAACUGCCAUAGUGGUUCAUGUUUCAAUACAACAGAGCUGGAAGUUAUCCAGUAACAAUGCCUGACUUUCUAGGUCCACCAAGAUGAAAGACCCUUUCUCAGCAGGGUCUUGAAAGUGUGUCAUUCUGAUGAUGUACUUUGAAUAAAAGUGACUGUAAUUGACUGUAAUUUGUAGCCUAAAAGGGCAAUCACAGCCCAGAAAUGCAAAUGUUAGCAGAUUGCUGCCUGUUUUCUCUAACAGGGCUGUUUUUAGGAGUUAACUCAGCAUGUAAACCAUUUUGAAACCAAACAGGGACAAGGACUUUGUAGAAAAUGUCAGCUAAAUAAGCAGCACCAUGUAGGUUAAGUUUAGAUUAUUUAUAUCUGUGACUUUGAACCAUUCAUGACUAAGCCUAUUAGAACUGAAAAGUUGGGGGAUUUUAAAGAGAAAGGGGAAAAGAAAACGAAAGAAAGCGCUGUGAUCAUUUCAAAAGGACAAUCUCAUUAGUGUUGGAAAAAAGCGCCUUAUGGUGCCACAUCGUUAUCAUUUCUUACCGGAUUUCAUUUGGAGAUGACUGCAGGAAGUAACAAAAAAAAGUAGCAGUCCCCUUGCCCUCUCGAAUCCGUCAACACGAUGUGUAUAUACAAGCUGUGGCAGCUGGCAUCACACCAAGUAAGGCUUGAUCGUGAUCGGCAGCACAAAAAGGCAGUUCUAUUAUUUCUUGAUUUAACAUGUUCCCAGUGUGGAAAAUUUAAAAUACAGCCAAAAAAGCCAUUGAAUAAUAGCAGAAAGAGCAAAAGAUGAAAGAAUGUUCAGUUUGCCCUUCAUUCAUUUGCAGAGCAAUCCUACACUGUGUUCAAUGGGCCUUACUUCCAGAUAAGUGUGUUUAGGGUACACAUAAUCUUCCCUGCUGAGAACCCCCAGAAGAUGUCUCUGCCACCCUCCCACUUUUCCUCCAAUGCCCCAAAUUUCUGUAGAUCAGAAAAUCUUUCGGCUGCAUCUUUCAAAUAUAAAAAAAUCUUUAAAAUAAUACAGCAUAAACAGGUCACACAUAAUAACCAAUUAUAUCAUUCCAAAUUAGAUAAAUAUUGACCACUGGUUUGAAUUUACUUAAUGUAUUGCUACACUUUGUCCUAGAGUGACCGGGAAAAGUCCGAAGGCCUUCCGGUGGCCCCUUUCAUGGACCGAGACAAAGUGACCAAACCUACAGCACAGAUAGGCUUCCUGAAGUUUGUUCUUAUCCCAAUGUUUGAAACUGUAACAAAGGUAAGGUCAAAGAAGUUGAUUGAUCAAAAGCCCUUGGAUCAAGUGCAUUUUCUCAUAGCUUUUUUGAGGGGUGCAAGAACCCCAAAUCCACUUUAAUUGCACAACCUGGAUUUCCUGGUAUGCAACUGAAACCCACCCACAGAAAAACAAUUGUUUGGAAACACCCAAUGUGAUUAGCAAUCAUCUCAUAGGUGUUUACAAGUAACAUACAACUUGAAGGGAUGGAAGGCUAUGUCUUCCAGGCCCAGCUAUAAAUCCACCACAAGGAAAAACUUGCCAUUAGCAUGCAUAGGAGUGGGGGCGGGGGCGGUACUAACAUUCCAGGCUUUUAAUAGCUCAUUUAUACAAUGCUAGCAUGCUGAAUUUUUCUCAUUUCAAAACACAUAGUUAUUGGAAACAAUUUUAGUUUAGCUUUCUUGCUUUGUUUUAGCUUUUUCCAGAGGUUGAAGAAGUAUUGCUCCAACCACUUUGGGAAUCCAGGGAUCGGUAUGAGGAGCUGAAGCAAAUAGAUGAUGCUGUGAAAGAGGUAAGACAAGCUUCUGUUUGUGGGGUUAACAAGGACAACUGCAGAGGCUGAAAAGGCAACACCCAGACUCCCUUAGAUGAAUCAGGAUUUUGAGGUUUUUCUUGCAAGAAUUCUCCUAAUACAACACAUUCUAUAUGCCAUUUUCACAAAUAUAUGCAUCUUUGCACAUACUUGCCCAACCAUAUGCAUUUUUGUGUGCAUUAUUUGUUUCAAGAAAUGCAAUACAAAAUUCAUAUAAAUGCAAAUUUUAUAGAAGUGCAAAUUUUGAAGGAUAGCUGUGCUUCAGUCACAUAUUUUGCAAACUGGUAGGUUUGCGUUAAAUCCUAACCAAAUCAAAUUUCUUCCCAUCCCUACUUCCAAAUAAGUAUGUAGGAGUACAGCCUUAAUAGUAAGUUGAGGAACAGGUCUAAUGUAAUGGGAACUUUUGAACCAAAGGGUAUAGCUGAUUCUGGCUGUGAAUACACCACAGAACACGAGAAGAUCUUCUAACUUCACUUACAACUGUGCUUGAUAAAACAGGCUUUGUGAUUUUCACGCUGAAGCAAAGAUUCCUACAUUCUUAUGUGUAAUGCUAUAAUGCCCUCUGGAAGGAAGCCACCACAGGUUCCCUUCGAUGCCAAUAAAACAGGGAUGUACAAAUUUCAUGAAUUAAUUGGUUCAUUUAAGCAUAGUAGCAUAGCACUUCUGGUAAUAAGGCAACUAAGAGGAAAAUGAUGCAUGCAAAGCAGAACACAUGCGGAGUAAAUUAUAGCUCUCCUUUGUCAAGUGAUUGUGGCUCCUGCUGAGGCAGUCAAAUGGCCUUUGGAUCACAGUGACAAAGAAUGAAGACAGAGCAGUCCUUCUGAGUGGCAGAGGGUAAGCUAGCCAUGGACAGACAAGCCUGCUUUUUGCUUUUCAGCAUUGGCCCCAAAUGAUGCCCACUGUUUCACCUUGUAAUCUUUUCACUAUGGGCUUUUCAUUCUCCUAGCUUUAUUGAUCUGACUUCAUUCCAAGCUAGAUUUUUAUAGCGAUCAUGUUCCAUUUCUUCCCAUCUCACGAGAGCUCCACAAGAUCUUACCAGAAGGUACUGCCACACAACUCCAGUAAGGCUUCAGCAGUGGGGCAGGAGACAGGAGCAGCAGCUUCCCGUUUUGCCUCGGGUAGAAGAGUUUGGAUUUGAUAUCCCACUUUAUCACUACCCUAAGGAGUCUCAAAGUGGCUAACAAUCUCUUUUUCUCUUCCUCCCCCACAACAAACACUCUGUGAGGUGAGUGAGGCUGAGAGACUUCAGAGAAGUGUGACUAGCCCAAGGUCACCCAGCAGCUGCAUGUGGAGGAGUGGAGACGUGAACCCAGUUCACCAGAUUACGAGUCCACCACUCUUAACCACUACACCACACUGGCUCUCUUGGGUGGCAAAACGGGAUGGGCCACCCCUACUCAAAAGGCAGUUCACACUCUCAUGCAUUCCCCACUGGUGCCUACAUGUGUUGGGUACCCAGAGGAAACAACCAGAGAGAAAAAUAACAGUUCCUGUACACCCACCAGUGAUGCUGCAGAUCCUAUGGGGCACCUAAGGAAACUCCACUGAAAAGAACAGAUUUCAUGCACUGAUGAUCAUAUUUGCUGGGUUGUGCCAAUGACUCGGUGGCUGCUAUAUUGACAAAUCAGAUGCCUCAUGACUGCCAUUGUUAAUUAUUCCAUUCUACUCUUAACUAGUUACAGAAGAAGAAGAACGAAAGUUUGGCAAUCGGAAGCAAGGAGAAGUGAAAAGCAAAGGCAAGGCACAUCAGGGUAAUUAUCCCUCUUUAAAGGAUAAUUUCACAUUAAGAAACAUGGUGACAACAUUUAAAACAUUAUAUAGAAAAUUGCCUAUGGCAUGAGGUGUUUUCAGCAAAUAAAUUGAUAAAAUCCAGCUAAUUUCUCUGCAAUAUAUUGAACAUAUGCUUGUGAAAAACAAAAUAAAAUAGAAUUGUAAUGCAUUUUUGACCAACUAUUUAUACAAUAUAAAACCAGUAAUAAAAAGCAGAGAGAGAGAGUGCUCUCUCGAAUUGUUAGGAGAGUCCUAGUCCCCUUACAGAACUACAAUUUCCAGAGUUCCCUAAGAAGAGGGAUUGAUUGUUAAAGCACUCUGAGAAUUGUAACCCCGUGAGGCAAAUAAAGGUCUCUCAACAACUUCCAGCAGCCUUAACAAACUACAGCUUCCAUAAUUCCUUGUGGGAAGCUAUGGCUGUUUAAAGUGGUCUCUUAGUGCUUUAAAUGUAUGGUGUAAAUGUGGCCAAAUAGGGAUUACCACAGUUGCUGUGAGUGUGGCUUAAAAGGUGUGCUGAAUCAGCACGUCUGAGCCCUGCCAAAAAUUAUUCUGAGUGGAUGAGACCUCAUUCUUUGGGCUCUAACGAUGUUUGUAUUUUAAUUCCAGCAUUAUAAUGGACACAAAGAUCCUUUAGAGGUUUGCCAAGUCUAGCUAAGCAUCAUGGGAUUGCACAGCACUGACGGAGGAUGAGACUGAACAGCUGACACUGCCACAAGCACUUUUUCCAAGUUCCUUUUUUAUAUAAAAAAAGAACCCUAGUAUUUAUCCUUAUGGAUGCAGACAAUAAGGAAUCUCUGCUGUUGUACAUUUUUUUAAAGAAAAAGUAAUCUUCUAAAUAAUAUAUUCUUAUACCAAAAAAUGGCUGCUGUAAUUAUUCUCUUUUUAAGAUUUUAUAUGUCGUCUUCUUCUUUUUUUUAACUGCUUCUGGUUGUCAUAUGGAGAUGUAUUGGGGAAAAUUGUACUUUUUAAGCGAGUUGUUUUAGAAAUCUUUAAAAAUGUAGUUUCGUGUAGCGUUAAAGUAACAACAAUUUAUCUCAAUAUGUCUGUGUACUAUUUAGAAGUGUCACCUUGCCGAGGGAUUUGACAAAACCAAUAGCAAGCUGAGAAGCUUAAUCUUCUCUUCUCUGGUCAGCAACUAUUGGCCAGGAAAACCCUUCAGGAGGGAGGGUGAAAUGAUAGCCCAGUCCCUCAGCCCUGCUGCCCUAGUCCCUCUUUGCAUAUACUGUUCCCCCUUUUGUUUUGGGGUCAGUAACUGAGGGGUACAGAUGAUGGUCCUUUGGAGAGACAGAUGUGGCCUACAGGUUUCCAGUUACCUUAUCCCUGAGCCCUGAGAGAAUUGAAAAGGCCCCCAAGUAUGUUAUGAACAUGAAGCAGUUCCUGUUGCCAAAGCUUGACAGGUCUAGCACUGUAAACUGCUUGGAGAGGAACUCAAAUUUCAGAGGAACCAGAACUAAGCUAAUCUGCGUUCCUUCUUGGAAGAGUGGAGUAGAAAUGUAAUAAAUAGCUAACUCUUCAACAAAGAAGAUAUUUUCACAAGUUUUUUUUUAUUUUACUUUAUUUACAUUUCCUGCAUCAUGUUCUGGUUUAAUGAAUGGGGCAUCUCAACUAAUCAGCUAACCGAAAACUCUGAUAAACUGGCUUAUAUUUGCCUACACAUACAUUGGCAAGAAUCUAGUCUAGAUUUGACUAGAUGCUAUGUACAACUGAGAUUUGUUUAAUGAAGGCUCUAUAAUUAUUAUAUUUUUCUGUGGAGAAUAUACCAUACACACUGUGCCUGAGAAGGGUCUGUGAUGGUGAGGGACUACUAGCAUGUGUUUUCCAUGCUUACAGUUUGAGAUUCAGUCUCUGAAACCUGCACAGCUAGAAGGGUCUUCAGAUGUAGAGCUAGGAAAAACUUUUGCAUGUGGCCUUCAAGACCUACUUGGGCAGAUUAAUACAGCGCUUAAAUUCACAUGGCAGCUUUUAUUGGACAAUAGCUGGCAGCCAUUUUGCUUGGAUGGGAAUUGCUAAGGUGAAUGCUGACAGUGUGCCUUUUUAAUACCGAACAAUGAGAGUUUGGGACCAACGUAUCCAACUGAAAUGGGCAUGGGUUGUUGCUCCCAGCUUACAGAAAGGAAUGUCGGGCAUGAAGAAACUACAGUGGUACAUCAGUUUAAGAACAGUCCUGUUUACGAAUGAUUUGGUUUACGAACUCUGCAAAACCGGAAAUAGUGUCCAGGUUUGCGAACUUUACCUCAGUCUAAGAACGGAAUCCGAACGGUGGAAGGGCACCAGCGGCGGGAGGCCUCAUUAGGGAAGUGUGCCUCAGUUUAUGAAUGGUUUCGGGUUAAGAACGGACUUCCAGAACGGAUUAAGUUCGUAAACUGAGGUACCACUGUAAUCUGGUUUGUGCAAGGUCCCCUAGAAAGCCUGUGACAGGGACAGGACUUAAGUGCCAGCAACUAGGGCGCCCUGAGCAUUCACAUUCAGACCCACAGAAGGAUUGUUGUGCAAAAGAGAGGACUGGGGAAUCCUACAUCUGGUGAAAUUUCCCCUUCUAUUCUCUUAGUUCUCCCAAAGUCUAGAGACACAUCAGUAUUCAAGUACGAGCCAAGGGAGAUAUCCUUUGGUGCAACUUAUAGUCUUGUAUGCCUUCCACAGCAUCCUGUUGGAAAUGUACUUGGAAGUAAAGCACAAGACGCAAAAUGAAAGGUGUGGCUUAUGAAAGAUGCUUUGGAUUUGCUCUGGGAGAAAUAUAAGAAAUCCCGUUGCACCUCUAUGUACUAUUCAUGUAUGUAUAUGUUUUAAAUGGAGUAUGCACUGUAAUUUCUACAUAGGCUUUUGUUCGGUUGCUUUUAAAGUGAGUUUAUAAAUCUAGAGUAAUGCAUAAGGAAGGUGUUGCCAUCCAAGGAAGCUUGUGUCUCCGUUUGAAGGGCACAUGUACCCAAGCCAUAUGCCUGUGAGCUGCAGAGCUGCUUUCUGAAUCUCAGUUUGGAUUUUAAAAGAAAUUGUGUAGGUGGGUGCUCAGACUUUCUUCCAUGCAAAACAGGAGAUAUAUUGCUAACACUCAGGCUUCCUUUACCAAAGGAUGUCAGUGACUAACACCUGGCUCUCCAGCACUGAAUAAUAAUCGUGCCACCUUUACGUGUGACAAAACAUUUUGGAACAGCAAACCUUUACUCUUGUAUUUUUUGUGUGUAGAUGUUUUUUUCUUGGUGAUGAUAGCUCUCCAAUAUGUAUUUUGGGAGAUGGUCCAUUACUGCAUUUUGAUCCAUUUCUGUUGACCAGAAAUACUGUUCGAUCUGCUAUGAAAUCCACAUGGGAUGUGGACAGGCAUCCUUAACCAGAGCUAGUAACUUUCUAAGCAUUCUUCUUCCUGAGUCACACAACUGAAGAAGCAAGCCGCAGAUGAAAUAGUUUAUUACAUGCUGUUUGAAGGCACCUGUUUAUUGAGUGAACAAAAUUUAUUAUUCCAAAGUGUUGUAAUUUCUUUUUCAAACAGAAGUAGAAUAAAUCUGAUAUUGUCUUCAGCAUGGUUGCAUUCCUGACAUUUGUCAAAUGUCCCUGAACUACUGCUAUUGUCAUCCCAGGAUACAAAUCAAUGUAUGUGGAGAGGAGGAUCAUUAGCUCAGACUUAGUGCACAGUGGGGAAUUAGCUAUCCAAACAAAAAUCCAAAGCUGAGAAUCAAAGAAAACACAGUUUAUUACAAAACAGAAAGAUUGGUUACUGUUUGUGUUGUUACAAAAAUAAGAGGUUGGUUAUUCCAGUUGAACAAGCAGUUCUGGCAUUACAUUUACCAAGUGGUAGAGAUUGGAUGGAUCUAAUAUCAAGUAGAGAGAGAGAGAGAGAGAAGUACAAAAGGUGCCAGACAGACAUGCAUGGAGCUGAUUAAAGAGAGGAGUUAGAGUGCAAAUACUACAUACUGCAGUGCCUUGUGAGCACCUGCAUGAGAGCUAAAAGGAAAGACGGAGGGAGGGAAAGAGAAGCUGAAGCACAAGUAUCACUUAUUCCAAGGAAGUAGGCGGCCUUCCACCCUACCAGUUCAGUAGGCAGUAGCUCCCACGGGCUUCUAGUACAGUAGAAAUAAAAUUACUGUACUUUUCCAUGUAUAAGCAAGGUUUUUUUUACUGUAAACUAAUGUUCAAAAUGGGGGGUCGUCUUAUACAGUGGUGCCCCGCAAGACGAAUGCCUCGCAAGACGGAAAAACCGCUAGACGAAAGGGUUUUCCGUUUUGGAGUUGCUUCGCAGGACGAAUUCCCCUAUGGGCUUGCUUCGCAAGACGAAAAUGUCUUGUGAGUCUUGAGAUUUUUUUUUCACUUCCCCCCCCCCCUUUAUCUAAGCUGCUAAGCCUUUAAUAGCCUUUUAGCAGCUAAUCCGCUAAGCCUUUAAGCCUUUAAUAGCCGCUAAACCGCUAAUAGCGCUAAUCCGUUAAGCCGCUAAUAGGGUUGCUUCGCAAGACGAAAAAACCGCUAGACGAAGACACUCGCGGAACGGAUUAAUUUCGUCUUGCGAGGCACCACUGUACAUGGAUAGUGCAGAUGGGGAAUGAGCGAUUGGUUGCAGCCGCUAGCAGGAGCUUGUCAGCGGCGAUUGUGUGUGUGAUUGGUGGCUGCGGCAAGGGCUGCUGUGGAUUGGCUGCUGCUGUGGCAAUUGGGCUGAUGAUUGGUGGCUGCGGCAAGGGCUACUGUGGAUUGACUACUGCUGUGGCAAUUGGGCAAUCCCCUCCAAAAAAAACCUGAAAAAACCUGGGCACUCCCUGUGACGUUAACAUGAGAGCGCUGGAGGUGAAAUAGUUAAACAGGUUACCCAAUCAGAACCCAGGGGGUGGAGUCAGAGGGAUUAUAAAACCAGCUCUGGGAGGGGUGAAGGGGAGAGUUCGUUGGGUGGGUGGUUGGAGUGGGAGUGAAUUGGGAUAGAGUCUGUGGGUAGGUUGAGUCAGUGUAGCGAAAUAAGCUGAGUCAGGAACAGUUAGGGGCUAGGAAGACAAGUAAAUAUCUGAGAGGUGGUUUAGUGAGUGAGAGCAGGUAGCGGAAGUUAUAGGUCUGGAUAGGCACCCCAUGAUUGUAAUGGACCGAUACCGUUUAUGAAACCACACGCUUGUUAAACUGCAAUAAAUAAACAGAAGUUUAUGUUCCAAUUUAACCCUG